AUCACUGGUAACAUAACAGCAUCCUUUGUCUGUGAUUGACUGAUGUAGCAGACAAUGCACUUGCUCAUAUGAGUGUAGUUUUGAUUUGCUUGCCACACAUUCCCAAAUCACCCCCUCUUCUCCUUCUAUCCUACCCUUGCUUCAUGCUGGUAAGUGUGUCACUGUAAGCAGUGACAACCCAUCUACUGCUUCUUUAGAGAUGAGAACUUACACACAAAGAGAGCAGACUAGGGAGAUUCUAUACAGGCAGAUCCCAUUCCCAUAUGAAAACAGCAAGUCUCUGACCUGUCACUGGCUUCUUGCUUCCCCCUUACACUGAACAGCUGGACUUCAAGACCUGCUUUAUUGUUUGUUUUUCCCUCUUUGCUGGUAAGUGACUUUUGCAUGUCUUUGUUUUCUUCUUAAUUUAUCCAAAUGCAGACAUUGCAAAGAACUGGGAGCUGGGGGUGCACUUAAAUCUAUUUAUUGUCCUUUCAUUUCUAUGCACCUGUCAUGAGAAAUAAGUGAUCAAUGCUUGCUUUUAAAAGCAUGAGAGGUAAUGAAUUGUGUAAAGCAUGCUGAUACAGUAUUGUAUGUGUCUGAUAUUAAUAUUUUAACUGUUAAAAGUCACCCAUUCAUUAACUGUUUAUGUACUUUGCUUGCUUGUGAGUGCCAAGUAUAUGGUCACACAUGGUCCCACAAAUGUAAGGGAGAUACAUUGGUACAUUGUUUCAUAACAUUCAUUAUAAAGUGAGUAUUUCUAGGUUAAUAUUAGAUUUAGUAUAGGAAAACUCUCAUAAUGGAUUUAAUGAUAUUUAUUUAUUAAAUAGUGAAUUUUACUAAACUGAAAAUUUAAUGGCAAAAUGUAUUCAAACCUAGCCAGGCUGUGACUGUUACUGAUGGGGUAAGUGUUUUCAAUUUGUACUUUUUCCUUGAAUGUAAAACAUUUCUGUUUAGAAUGCAGUACAUUCUGGUGUUUAGUAAUACACCCUGAUGGAUUAGUGAUGGUAUUAACUUAUGGCAUUCUGUUGGUUAGAAUUCCAGUUGCUGUGGACAACCUUACCAUGCCCAUGGUGGGUAGGAAAAUAUCAUGCAAACUGAGUCUACAGCACCUGGAGGGGGUAAACAAUGUGUGACCCUCCACUUAAAUUAUCAUCACCCUCCAAAGAUGAGGUUUUGAAUAGUCCUGUAUCUAUUUUUGACUAUUUAGCAUGGUGAUACACAAAUAGUAAUGAUAAUAGUAAUAAAAAUAAAUAAUAAUAAUAAGUAUCAGAUGUUGUUUGCCGCUGGCCACUGUAAAUAGCUACCCUACAUUGUGCUAAUUCUUGCUGCUAUUCAUUUCUCAUGUUCUUUGCACAGCUGUUGGGUAUUUUCCAUGUGAGAAUGAUGGGAAUUGUAGUCAAACAGAGCUAUAGAUUCCAGGAGUGCUAUGUAAUGGUCUAAUUCUCCAUUCUCCUGUAAUAUCCAGAAUGGGAUCUUGGAUGGGGCUUCCUGGUGUGCACAGACAUGCUGGGACAGUUGAGAUCACAGGGAGGUGAAAAGCCUCAGCUCUUCUUUGGUAAUUGACUUCACAUUACUUCUCCUUGAAAAGACAUUAUUGACUGAGUAUUGUAGCUGUAAAGCUUUUCUGUGAGUGCCCGGCUAAUGGGAGAGUAAAAGCGUUUUGGGAGAAGGUUUGCAUGCUUUUUUUUUGCUUUUUUUAGACAGUAAAUAAAUAUAGAAGAGGCUUUGAUGUGUCCCUCUCGGAUGCAGCAGCUGCUAUCAAGUCUUCAUAUUGUUCUUAGCAUUUGGACAGUUCCAACCAAUUACACAGAUCAGCACCCCUGAGAGCAUACAGGUCACCUCUUUUGGUCCUGAUGAAAUAGCUGCAUUACCUCACACAGAGUGUCUCUAAUCUACUCUAUCUCUUAUUUUACAGGGCAAAAGUUCCAAUGACUAAUGUGUAACAUCACGGGUCUAUGGUUCCAAUGUAAGUAUGAAUCCAUUCAUUCCAGAAAAACACAAUUAAUGGUCAAUAUUUACUGAAUACAUCUACAUCUACCUACCUACCUACCUACCUAUCUAUCUAUACUACAUCUGCCUACCUGUCUAACUGCCCACCUGUUUGUAUCUAUCUAUCUGUCUGUCUAUCUAUCUAUGUCUGUCUGUCUAUCUAUCUUAUAUCAAUCUAUCUAUUAUCUCUAUCUAUCUAUCUAUCUGUCUGUCUGUUUGUUUGUCUGUCUAUCUUACGUCAAUCAAUCUAUUUAUUAUCUCUAUCUAUCUAUCUUUCUAUAUAUAUUUUAUCAACCAAUCUAUCUAUUAUCUAUCUAUCUUUCUAUUAAUCUAUCUAUCUAUCUGUCUGACUGUCUAUCUGUCCAUCCUUCUAUUUAUUUAUCUGUCUAUCCAUUUGUAUCACUGGCAUUAUACAAUAAAACCCUAGUGUCAUCCUAAUAUCAGGGUAGGUUUAGUUAUCCCAUUUCAAAUCAAGUCUUCAAAUCUUUCUUUUUUUCUGCCCAUUGUUGUCUAAUCGUGAUGCUCAUGUGAUCCCUGGUUAGGGAGAGAGUCUGAAAGAUUGAUAGGUAGACAGGGAAUGAGGAACAGAAAUAUCUGAGUAAACACAUAUAUCACAACACAAAGCCAAUGUCAUUCAUGAUUUAUUUAUACUAGAUGUACAGUUAGACAUGAAUGAUAAAACAUACACAUUCUGAGCAGUGCUGACCUUUAUUCAAAAAUACCAACAAUUCACUUACACGUGUUAUGUCAACAUUUCAGACUUUUGUAUUUUCUAUAUUUAAAGGAGUAUUUGUACUUUUUAUAUAUAACGAAGAAUAUAUACAAUAUCAUUACAGAUAUUAACGUGAUUUCCUUUUAAAAUACCUUCUAAAUAAAUAAAUAAAUAUCCAAUCAAACGUCUAUAUGGCAUGGAUGGAUGGAUGUAUGGGUGGAUGGAUGGUUGGAUGAAUGGAUGGAUGUAUGGGUGGAUGGGUGGGUGGAUGUAUGGGUGGAUGGGUGGGUGGAUGUAUGGGUGGAUGGGUGGGUGGAUGGUUGGAUGAAUGGAUGGAUGUAUGGGUGGAUGGGUGGGUGGAUGUAUGGGUGGAUGGGUGGGUGGAUGUAUGGGUGGAUGGGUGGAUAGAUAGAUAGAUAGAUAGAUAGAUAGAUAGAUAGAUAGAUAGAUAGAUAGAUAGAUAGAUAGAUAGAUAGAUAGAUAGAUGCUACGGAUAUUACAGAAUAAAUGAGUAUACACUAACAGUUGCAUUAAUGGACAGAUAACACUGACCGAUAAGGGAUGUUUUGCCAUCUGAGAUUAGUGAGUCCCAGACAGAAGCUAUUCCACUGAUUUCAUUAAAAUGGAGGCAUGUGUCAGUAAAGAAUGCACCCCCCAGAUUGCACAGAGGUGCUGCGCAGUGCAAUAUUACCCAUUUAUUACAGAUUAUAUCACCAUCCAUCCAGAACACAAUUCUAAAACAUGAUCUGUCAAUUAAAAAAGCAGGCACAUCAGGUCAUAUAUAUAGUAUUGGCAAACCAGAGUGAGAGAGUGAUUGCCAAGCUCUAUAAAAUGAAAGGGACAUUAUAGGUACCCUGACCAAUCAUCUCAAUAACAUGGUCUGGGUGCCAUGUCCCUCUAGGUUUAACUCUGCGAGUCAAAACAUUGUCAUUAUUUGGGAAUGGCAAUAUUUUCAUUGUAAGGUUUAAGUUUCUCUAGUGGCUAAAAUUCAGACAGCCACUAGAGGCGCUUACUCCAAAAUAGCCGACUAAAACUAUUUCAAUCUGAUUGGCGUGGAGCAGUGUUUUGCUGUGAAUGCACGUUAGCCUAUCAAAACAUUGGAUUGACUGAGAACACCAAGAUUGAUGAUCUCAGCCCAGAAGUUAGGGCCCUCUGCGGAUAGAACAGCGCAGCGCUGGUAAAAAGAAAAAGCGCAGUGUGGGAUAAAAGGCAAGUGAAUUACUUUUUUAAACGAUGACUAGAGCACUAUGGGGUAAAAAUGCACAUUUGUAUUCCUGACGCUUUAGUGUUACUUUAAUUACAAAAGUAAAUUAUAGGUCUGUUUUUAAACUAUCAAUUAUGCUCUGGUCGCAAAAUUAAGGUAAAAGUAGAAAAUUUUAUCAACAACGUAAUUGGAUUUUUUUUUCAAGUUUUAAGUCACUGCAAUUAAUUGAUUCUAACAAUAUAUAUUUUUACUAAAGCAGAAAUAAUUCCAUAGUUAUUUGCCUUCCAGUACGUCUCCACAGUGUUCAGAGCAAUAAAGAGUUAACAGGCAGUGUGACUCUCCACUCAGGUUCAUCUGCUCUGUUUUCCAUUUUCAGAAUAUGACCUUCCUAAUAAGAAGGAGAAUUGUUGGGGCCUUCACACAUGCCUUCCGGACGAGGAAAACUCAUUCCCUUUCAAAUCCAUUAAUGCAUCUUGCAUGUGUUUGAAUGUUACCCAGCUGUGUAUUAAUUUCAUUUCUGUUCCUGACAAUCCUCAGGCAAGAAUAAGAAUAUGUGAUGCAGCAUGGGAUCAUCUUUAUAAUAAUAUUUGCCAAAGAAUAAUUUAAUUUAAUGAUCUGUUACAAAAAUAUACAUAAUAAUCGUUUACUUCUCAAUGCCACUAGUAAAAACACUAUUUUAUCAACCUUUUGAGAGCCAGAGGUGUUUCUAAAACAUUAUAAAUAUCCAGAUAUAAGCAGGGCUGAAUUUUUCGUCAUUAAAUGAGUGUCAUUCUAUUUACUCUUAAUAAAGAGUCUUUAAUGUGACAGCGCACUUCGUAAUUACAUUUUAAAAGAGUAUUUUUUAUCUUAACAUAUAACUAUAAAAUUAAUAUUUUGUAACCAGACUAUAAAUUGCUAAUAAUCAUAAAUAUUCUGCUUGAGACACAGUUAAUUGUUGCCAAACUACUUCGUUUUCCAGCUGAGCUAAAACUGAUUAACGAUUUCCUUUUUGGGAUUUUAUAUCCAGUAUCUCAAGAGUGCCCUCUACUGGCCCAAAUGGCACAAUAAUUUAAAAGCCACUUUUAUAUAUAUAAAAAUAAAUAAUAAUGUGAAAGCAAUGAUAGAACUGUUCAUAAGGUUGAUAUUCUGGCUUUUUAAAUUGUCAUGAUGCUCUGAAAGUUCGACUUUUUGCCCUUAAAUUUGAAAUUCACUUUAAAUUCACCUUGAACUCUCAGUUUAGUAAGUAGCUCUUUUAAUUUUAGCGUUAACUGAGAGAUGUUAUUGAAGGAAAACAACUGGAUCAUUUUUUUUUAAUUUUAAGAAAAGGGCAGUGUAGGGCAAAAGUUUAUUUUUUCAAACAUCAGUGCAUUGUGGUGAAUUUAUUUAAUGAAUAAUUAAAAAAAAACACUAAAAUAUAAAUAAAAAUGAAUAAAUAAAUAAAAUUAUUAAAUAAAUAAAUGUCAAAAUUUAGCCAAAAACUGCAGAUGGAAAUAAAUUUCCCAACUCCCCUAUUGACACAGUUUAACUAUUGUAGCCUUAAUUUAGCAAUUCAGGUUUUUAUUUUUUUAUUUUUUUAUUUUAUUUUAUAUUGGUUUUUAUUAAUUUAUUUAUUUUUAAAGUCAGCCAUUCUGAAAUUUUAUUUUAAAAAAAUGUAGGGACACUGCAAAAAUCCCCAAAAGUAGGACAUAAAUAGAUGGACUUACACAUUUUAUUUUUUUUACUGUGAACAAAGUAUUCAUGGGCUAAAUGUAUCUCGUAAAUGACUGUGUGAAAGUAGACCUCAGUAAGCCCACCUCCACUGUGAGUGCAUCAGUGAACGCUAACACAGCUAGCUGUGUGAAGCAGACAUGGGGGAUGGGCAGUGUAUAUACUGAAGUAUCUGAAGGCAUUCAAGUGAAUUGGAUGGCACUUCACACUUCGUGAUAACAAAGUUCCAUGUUCUUCUUCACUGCCUUUCAGCAUGAAUGGUGGCUUAUUGUAGCAUGUUCUAUCCUUCUUUACUCAACAGAUGCAUAGAAUGUUUACAGUGUGCUAUGGAUAUUCUAACAUGCAGGUUGAAAGAACAAAUAUGAAAUGUCCCACUGUUUUGUUACAUAUCACAUUGUGUGUGGGUGGGCAGCUCCACAUUGUCUCCUUCCGCAAAAUUGUCACCAUAUUUACUCGGGAACAAUCUAAAAGACAUCACGUGGCUCUAAAAUCCUACAUAAUGUUAUAAUACUUUAUUUGUUAAGGACGCACAUAGGAGAGGCCAUGUGUAACUCUAACACAAAUUAAGGGGGAGUAACGGGCUCAACAAAUUAGUGGGGUAAGAAAAAAGACAAUAAUAAAAACAGUUUUGUUAGUAGAUGAGGUCAGGUUAAUGUAGAUAACGUGAUCUUAUUUUUUUUAUUUAUUUUUUAUCGAAUAUUAUAUAGGGAUAUUAUUUAUUGUUAACUGUAAUAACUUUAAUAAUAAUCCCUAAUUGAAACAAUUAAUAACAAGAACAUAAAAAAGGUUUUAUAGAGAUCUGAGUCUGCAAUAUUUCCUGUAACAAUGUUUUUUUUGGGUGGGGGAGGAUUUUUUUAUUAUGUCUGCUGGAUCAUAUAGGUACAGGCUUUCACUUGGUGCUAAUCUUUCUUACAGGAGGUUUUUCACUAAAGUGAGAAUGGUCACGAGUGAAUCCAAUGUUUUUAUUUACCUAUUUUUUACCUUCAAUUCGCUUUGUAUUCACUUUGAAAUUCUGACAAUCCUCACUGUUGUGAAGAACCUUAUAGUCUGAGCUCAUUUAAUCAUCAGUGACUCAGAACAGGCACAUGUAAAAUCAAAUAGGAUGUGGUGACUAUCAUGACUGUCCUUGCCGGAUUUAGGACUAUUGGCAAGUAUGAUUACACAUACAACACUAAAUCUCUCUCACACAUAUACACAGUCACCAAAGCAUUCCUGAGCCAUCCACCAGUGUAACAUCUUCCUCUUCUGUGUGACAACAAAGCUUCAAGAAAUUAGUAUGAGUAAGGGGAGAGGAGUGAGUGGGGUGAGGAGGAUGGGAAGUGUUAGACAACAGGGUUAUUCCCACCAGGAUAAGGAAGAUGUAACAUGUAUAGCAUUAUAUUGUUCCAGUUAUCACCCAACGGGAAGCUGGUUCCUAUUGGCUGGACAUAUCUGUAGAAAACUACUUUUCAAGUCUAGAAUUUUUCUGAUUUCCAUCAGAUCCCAAACAUCCACUGAUUUCAUAGUGAGAGUUCGAACAGCGAAAGAGAAACAGUCAAUUUGGAACUGACUGUGAAGAAUAAAAAGUACUUUGUCUGUAGUAUCUUUCCUCCGUUAGUUUUCUGCUCUUCGAUGCUCGAACCAAAUUAUUUUAUAACAUGAAAAUAGGAUUCUGCAGUGUUCAAUCACAAAUGAUUACGGCUUCCUGUUUGGGGACUCAGAUCUCCGUAGUGCCUCUAUCCUAAUCCACUCUUUUCUAGGAACUCGAAAUAUUUAUAGUGUAAAAAGGUUUUUAUCUGACAGUUUUCCAGCAUGCAGUAAGGCCCUGAUCAUAGUUGUGACACAGUAUCUACUUCAUUUUAGCUCUAAAGUUUUUUAAAAUGGUGACAUUUACAGGAAAGGUGAUGCCCAAAGUGCCGUCUAAAGGGAUGUUGUAUGACGAGAACUGAAUAGGCUCCGUGAGUACUGAUAAAGGAUGAAGGGUUAUUGAACAGUUGGCAGCAAUAGGGAAGAUACAUUUCCACGUAAUGUGUCACUCAGGCAAACUUUCAGUUUAGUUUCCAGGAUCGAGAGACUUUGCUUAGUGGGCGAAGUGGUACUUUUUUGGUCCUCAGCGGUAGAUAAGCUCAUAUAUGCCAUCCUUGGGUAUUUGGAUCCUCUGCAUGGACUAAAUGGUAGAAGGGCCUUAAAUAUCUCUUCUAAUGUAAGAAAGGAUCUAAGACAGGGGCAGGCAACCUUUGGCACUACAGAUGUUUCGGACUACAUCUUCCAUAAUGCUCUUACACACGUAAUUCUGGCAAAGCAUCAAGGGAGAUGUGGAGUGCAGAUGGUUGCCCACCUCCACUCUAGGGUAUUACCAGACCCUGAACCAAAUUAACUGAAAUAAAAUAAAUUCUAUCAACAAACAUAAAGAAGUAAUGAAAUGGCGCAACGACUCACUCCCCUCCACCAUCACUGGAGUUCUUCUGAUGCAGCCGUUUCCAGCAUAUACUGACAUUUCCCUCAAAAAGUGAUUUUUGGAGUUCCUUACCUUCAAUACAGCAUAAUAAUGAGAACUGCUGGUAUAUGCGGUCAGUUAGUGAUGUAAGUUAUGGUCUUUUCAAUCCAAUACAUGUAUCCAAGAUGGCCACCAUAAUUACAUCAGUGCUUCAACUUCUAGGGAUUUAUUAUCCAGAAGACGAAUAUGAAGUCGUUUUCAGAUGGAAUUCUGAUGGGACUGAUGGCAAUGACACCAACUCUUCAGCUGUCUCUAACUCUAUGGACAGUGAACAGACCAGCAGACUUUAAUUUCUUAUCAAGAGAUGACAUUGUCCAAUAUUCUCUGAAGUAUAAAUGUGUAGACAUAUUGUCUCACAAACAAUGAUUAUAGCUGACCGAAGAACCACUCAAGACACCUCUUCUGUCAUCUGGUUUGUUUAGACGUUAUCACGGCCUGCAGAAGUGCUUAAUAAAUUACUUUAAAAAUACUUUUUAAGCUAUUGCUUACAAAUUGGUUCUCUGAGAUUAAUCUGCUGCAGGUAUGGCUGAUCAUAAGAUAGCAGUGUCUAGGCCUAUACAGACUUCAAGCUGGAUUCCAGAUCUACUGCUGGAAAAAUCAUGUUUGCACAACUCUACCAUGAUUUUGAGCAUGCAAAUGGUGAUAGUUUGCAAGUUGCUGGUGAGAUAGCUCAGUGGCUUUUUAGCUCCAGUCAGAACUGCAUAUGUAAUAUUCCGAAAGAUGUCCUAUAGAAUCAAUGAGAUAACUGCCCUUAGGUUGGGUAAUACUUGGUUAAUAUUAUAUUUCAUAAAAAUACAAAGUAUAGAUGCAAAACCUACGGAAUUUGAGUAAUAUUGUUCAGAUCUAAUCUUUUUCAUGAUUUUUAGUAGGUCUGUACUAAAUUUUUAAUAUUUCACAAACCUCUAUUUUAAAAAUAUAUUACGGUAUUUAAAAAACAACAACAACAACCCAUAUACACGUUUCUUGCAUCAGGUUUUAUUUUUUUAUUUAUUUUAAUCAAACAUUCAGCAGGUGAUAAGUGAAAAAUAUAUUAAAUAAAUAUUUUUCUUUUUAAAAACAACAACAAAAAAACAUGUUUCUCUGGUUAGUAAACAGACCCUUGGAAAAACAGUAUUCAGUCUGUGCUUCAGUGUAUAAAGAGGAAAAGGACGGAUUGUAGGUGGCGGUUGUCAACACAUUCCUAAGGCUGGAGUGAAUGGCCACUAUUAUGAGAUGUCUGGCCAAAAAAAUAUGAGUGCGUAGUUCAAUUUGCAUAGUUUAGUAGCAGUUUCCUCUUUGGGUAUGAGAUCUGAAAUAUGUAUUAAUCAGUCCUCUCUGGCACACAGAGCGUUAAUGUAUCUGGCGCAUGUCAGAAAUGUGUCAGAAUAAAAUUAUAUGGGAGACCACCCAUAAUUACUGGCUUUCAAACUUUCCAGAUUGGAGGCAAUUUAGCUAGACUGCCGCACAAAAAUGUUGCACUGAAUAUAUGUUUAUACGUGAGACCGUCCAUCAUUCACUGUAACGAGGGCUGCGUUAUGUGGACAGACAAACUGACAAGAGGUAUAUUCUCUAAAGUGUGAAUUGUGAGGAAUUGAAACUGACGUCAAAGUGAAUUUUGCAUUUCAGGACUACAUAGCCAAACUGGCAAAAUUCAGUCCGAAGUUUUCAAUUCGGCUAUUUGGCCUUCACAAGUUAAACUCACUUUGAAUUCUCGAGAAUUGACACUUUAGUAAAUAAUCCCAAAAGAACUUGAUAUCAGAAGGCUUAUAUCUGAUAAGAAAUAUUAAAAUUACGUCACCAUUUUCAGACAUUGCUUAUAGAAACCUUUUUUUAUGAGAUGCUCUGUUAUCUUUUAAUGUUAAAUGUUGCAAUUGACAUCACAAUCACGUCCAUUCCUGGCACAACCAGGGCACAUAUUACAGAAACAGUAUUAUGGCUUUACCUCCUCUCCUUACUAUACCAUACUCACAUGAACACUAAUGGAUGCACAGACAGAUAAACACACAUAAACAUACUGAUACGCACUGCCAGAUACAGACACACAAAGACCAUGACUGACAGACAAACAGUCUCAGAUACACACACAAUGCCACAUUACACAGAUACACAAACAAGUAUACUCACACUGCAAGACAAAUACACUCAGAAAUAAAUAUUUUAAGACACCCUCCCGGCUUCCCUGGGGUCUAGAAGGGAAUCCGGCUGCAGACUUUGAAGUCUCCAGUGUGGCUUCUUCACACAGUGGGAGAAAGUUAUAUAUUAUAAUUUCCUUCCAGCACUACUGCGCAGGAGGAGAUAGGGGGUAGUCAACACCCCUCGGUAAAAAGCCCACACAGGAGUUAAGCAAUGCGGUCUGGUUAAGGGAGAUAGCUAUAUCUCCUCAACUGGACCACAUAUCACUACAGUGACCUGUGCUGGUCCAUGGGUCAGACCACCCCCUUUCCUGGGUACUGGCGACCUUGUUUUCAUUUGGCAAAAAACAAGCCUUUAAUGGCUCUCAGAUAGACAGCUUCUAUAGGUGCUUUCUCCAAGUCCUUCACUUUACACAUUUUAGACCAGAAUAGCCCACAGCUGGUUUGGAGAAUUUUCCAAUCAAGUCCUAUUGGUUUAGAAUUUGAAAUUCACUCUGAAUUCCAUACUGGAAUGAGAGCUCAGUGAGAGGCUUGUGGUUGCAAGCUAUCGGCAUGCUUUACAUUAUUAAAUCAUGCUUUUAAAACAGAUAAAUUAAUUGAAAUCCAUUUUUUGAUUCCUGUCUAUUAUUGUCAUUGUGUCCUUGCCCAUUUUCCAUCAUGGACUGGGUCUGUGUGCUUUAAUAGUGAUUUUAGGGAAACUCAGAUGGCUAAGUGCUCUAACAGCGCUUUUAUGAAGAAAAAAGAGUUUAGAAAGCCUGGGCUGUGAAGCAUGUGAUCUGGAUUUGCUCGGCUGAUUCUUGAAAUGAUGGUUUUACUGCCUCUAAGGGUAGAUUAAGAACAAAUGAUAGUAAUACCUCACUCCCAAUAAAGGAAAAUAAAAACACUCUCUAUAACUGUAUUAUAUUUCUAAAUACUAUCACAGUUAUUAUAUAGAACCAUUAACAACCUCUGGGUGUUGGGCUAAGGUAACAUUGCCAGAAUGUAUUUGAAAACCAGAGUAAUCUGAAUGUACCUUUCCUGGUUAAAUACUUUGUUAUUAUUAUUAAUUUUCAUAACUUGAUUAUUCAAUAAAUUCAGAAUGGGAGGGAAGGGAAUGGUCUGUCCCCUUACCUUAAAUGGUUAAUGGUGGAGUCCUUUGAAAUUAAUUUAACAGAUAAUAUAUAGUCCUUUUUAUUCAGAGUACUUUCAGAUUAGUAUGAAAUAGGUACUAUAAGUAAUAUAAUCACUAGUGUAAUGGUUAUAUAGCUAAGAGUCUCCGGGCACCAUCCUCCAGUUCUUUGAUAGCCAAUCACUGACACCCAGGCUAGACAAUAUUAUUAUUAUUAUCAUCAUUUAUAUAGCGCUCACAUAUUCCGCAGCGCAUCACAAUUAUAAAAUGGGGAUAUCUGAGAACAAGUCAUUUACAUAAAGAAUAUAACAGAGACAAAGGUGGAGAAGGCCCUGCUCAGAUGAGGUUAUAACAUACGACGACGGUGUGACGAACGCCCCCUUGCCUGGACAUUCACCACAAGCUCCUGGAGGAGUGUGGAGGCUAGCCUCCUGCCCACUGACUAUGGGCCAUAGAAAAAGCAGGUAUGCCGUCCCAUGGAACUGGGGGGAGCUAUGUGACAAAACCCCUAUUUUGCCUUCCAAGGAACUGUUCUCUUCCUCAAUUCGGGAAGCAGUUUAAACUUUGUUUUUAAGCUACCAAAGUUGACCGACCACUAGCCCUGAUUUCACGGAACUGUUUUGGGCAUUGGUCAAAUAAUUAACUUCAUUGGAAAUCUGAGUGAUUUUUGGUCCUUAAGGGGUUAAAGCAACUUUCCUUGAACCAUGUAAUGCCCGCUGAGUCUAUGGGUAACAAAACCGCUAGACUGAGCUGUAGUAAUUAGACUGCACAGAGUACCCCUUUAAAUUAUAGCCUGCCGUCUCAGCUUGGAUUCCCCAUCCGAUGUCCCCAGUAAACACGUUUGAAAAUCCCACACAUCCCAAGAUAGUUCCAAUCUGGGUAGAUUGGAACUAUUUUGGGAUGUGUGGGAUUUUCAUGUGUUUUGAAGGUACUUUUGGGGUGUUUGUAAAUUGCAUGGUUUUCUGUGCCUGGAGAUAAUUGAGUUUGUACAGUUCCUGACUCAAUUAUCUCCCAGGCACAGGGGAGGGAUUACCCUGUUUUGUGUGGGAGUGUCAUGGUUGUGUGUUCUGUGUCCUUGUACUGCAUAAAAGCUGGCCAUUGAGCCUGGAUUAAUUAGAUCAUCUUACCCCUUCAUAAAGUCUAGGCUCAUGUUUGGGGGAUUGGGAGCUAUAAUCACUAUGGCGCUUGGGACUUGGGAGAUUCUUCACAGAUGUACUCAGUCAGAGUAUACUGGGAUCCGUUACAGAAGGGAUAAAGACACACAGGAGAAAUCCCAGCAUCUCAGAGGGUUGGAGGGAUUGAGAUGAAUAAAAUGCCUAUGUUGAAAUAAGCCGGUAAAAAUGGUAUGUUAAAGAACCGAACAAUGUCAGGAGAGAGAGAGAGUGACCUGGGAUAUGGAGGCAUGGCGAGGGAAGUGGUGAGGGCAAAAUGAGAGAAACAUGGCUCUGGGUUCUGGGAGAGUCAUGUUUUCUGUUUUUUUUUAACCCCUUAAGGACACAUGACAUGUGUGACAUGUCAUGAUUCCCUUUUAUUCCAGAAGUUUGGUCCUUAAGAGGUUAAAGCAACUUUCCUUGAACCAUGUAAUGCCCGCGGAGUCUAUGGGCUAGACUGAGCUGUAGUAAUUAGACUGCAUAGAGUACCCCUUUAAAUUAUAGCCUGCCGUCUCAGCUCCCCAUCCGAUGUCCCCAGUAAACACGUGUUUGCACAGUGCAGAGAGCACUAGGACCAAGCACAGCAGUGCUGAAGUAACAUCCCUGGCACACUGAGGUCAUGAAUCUGGGAGUAUCAUCCGUAAGAUAUAGGUUAUACCCUAACAAAAGGUAUGGUAGGAAGGGAACAUGAGGUAACAGAACUAUAGAUAACAAUAAACAGGCUAAACUACGCGAAGUCUAGGCCAGGUCAAGUCAUGAAUAUAAUCAGGACCCAGGCACAAGCGAGAAUGUAAGCUCAUUGAGCAGUGUGUCCAGUUGUCUGUUUACAAUUACAUGUCUGUUAGUCUACCCAUUGUACAGCGCUACGGAAUCUGAUGGCGCUACAUAAAUAAUAAAAUAAUAAUGCCAGAACAUUCAGAAAGGGUCUUGAUCCUAAAGAGAUACGGGUUUAAAUUGGAUCAGGCACUGACAUCAUUAUCUUGUUAGAAAUGUGGACUUGAGUCAAUUUUGACACCACAAUAACUCUGUGUGAAACUAUAUAAAAGAUACCAAAGUUGCCAUUCUAGGCUCGAACUGUUUUAGAAUGACGCACGUUAUUACGAGAUGCGACAAAGUUGUGCCCAAAAUGAAGCAAGUGCAGUGAAGGUGAUGCUAAUGCCCCAACCUUCGGCCCCUAAAAGCUGCAUAUGUCAUCUGUCAUAUAUUCCUGUCUGUAAUAUAGGAAUAUAUAGCUGAUCUCAACCCCACCAAUCUCUAUAUUGAAAUAAAGUGAUACUGAAGUCACCAUAGAAUUACUUAGCAUUUAUAACUGCACUUACCAAUACACAAGGAAAAGAGACAAACCGUGCCAGUGGCUUUAAUUUAACAAAGUGCUUCAAUGCUUUUAUGUUGCACUUUAAUUUAUACAAAGAACUUUGCAAGACAUACCACACAUUUAAAAUCUAAAGUAUAUUUCUUCCACCGCAAUAUCCUUACCAUAUUGAGUAUCAGACGACAAACACUGCUACUGCAAGUAUUUCUGAAAGGAAGGAAAAUAUAAACUCAUUUUUAGAUCCGCGCUUACACAACAGCAAUUAUUAGUUGCUACCGUAGGUUCAUUAAGUUGAGAAUUAAUGAGAAUUGACCAGGGAUCUGGAAUUGUUAUUCCACAAAUGAAAUAUUCAGCAAAUUGGGUACAUUUCCUAAAUCUGCUCUUUUUCAACUAGAGUGUUUUAGCCAAAUUUGACAACUUUUCAGUCUUUUUAUCUGUGGAUCAAAACUCAUAGUUUAGUGAAUAACUCCCAUAUAAUAUUUGUGCAUAAGAAAUAGGUUUUUGGUAGCGUGUUGCAAUAUAUAUUUUUGGGGUGGGGAUCAGAUCAAUAUUCCGAGUUACAUUUUAAAACACUGUGUGCAUAGCCAAAAAAGAAAAACUACUGUUGACGGUGAUGCAUAAACAUCUGUCAUUUUGUGGUUAGUUAACUGUUUAUAUUAAGCUGCAAUCCAAUUUAAUUUGGCAUAACCUCGCUUAUGACUUGCAAAGCAAUUACAUGCAUUCGUAUUAGGAUUUUAUUUACAUUACGCUCAGUUUUCCCCAGGAGAACUGACCAUGGAGGGGGCCCUUUCUAUUUUUUUUUUCCUAGUAAGUCAGCUUUGGUCAAUAUCCUAGAGACAGAGAGGGGCCCUGGAAUGUUGGAUGGGGAUGGGGUGUGGGGCAAAGCAAACUUGAAACAGCCCAUUCCACCCUCAUUGGCCAAUCAGAGCCACCCACAGGGUAAGGUUACAUUCCGAUAUGGAAGGCUGGACAGCAGAUCCCAGCAUAGUCCUACAGAAGGCCUCUUGGAUUAAGCAGGGAAGGGUAAUAAAAUGAGACCAGAAUCCCUUCACCUGACUGUACUGCAAGGUCACCACAAUGUUACAUGUUAAUAGUGUACAGUGCCAACCUAUGCAUCAUGGCCACACUGGGCCACACAUUGUAUUAUUGUUGGACUGCAAUUCCCACCAUCCGCAGCAUGAGACUGGUUGCUGAGCUCACCAGCAGCUAACAAGAUUAAACUUUUAAGUCUGUACAAAUAAGCUUUCCCCUACCAGUCCUAUCAGCCACAACCAGACGCUGGUUGCUGGGAAUUUUAGUUCACCACUGCUAACUGGUUUUAAGUGUGUUUGAAUUAUGCUUUACAACGGGGAAGUCUAGCAAAACAAAUCAUCAUUUUUGGUUGAAUUUAAACUGCUAUUAUGUUUUGCCACCCAUAAGCUUGAAGGAGCAUACUGGGGAGUUUUUGAGAGUGUCUGUCUUUCAGGUCUCUAAUGCUGUACAGGGAAUGAAUAUAACUGAACAUUUAUUUGGAAUUUAAAUUUGCUCUUCCUUUGUGUGAAUGGUUAGUCAUACUAUAAUAUAUAUUUCCAAGACAUCAACCAAUGUGAAUUUUUAUUUUUAUUUAAAAGAAAAGAUUGCAUGUUACAUAUUAUAGCACUGGUUUGAAUAAUUUUGUAAGGCACACAUAUAAGUACAGCGCUGCGGAAUAUGUUGGCGCUUUAUAAAAGCCAGUAAUUGCUUAAUUUCAGUGCUCACACUUGGUUUGUGGUUGCGGCCAUCUUUAGGUACUACAGUUCAUCCAGCCCACAGACUAUGCAGGUACUCAGGAGCGAGUGUACGCUCACAUAUCCUGAAAUCACAGCCAAGUGCCAGGUAUCUGAAAAUGUUUCAGACUUUCAAAUUGAGCGUGAUCUUAACAGGUAAUUGGUGCUUCAAUCUGGCCAUGGAGGACCAAAGAUGGCUGCCCUCACAGCCUAUCGGUGACGCUGGAGAGUCACUGAAAACUUAAUAUCAAUGUAUUAAUUACAACAUAGUAAAUAACAUGACUAUAUUUCAUGACAUCCCAUAAUUUUAAUAAUAUUGAAACAUUUUGAAAAUUUCCCUUUAACCUUAGUAAGCAAAACAAAACGAAUGAUUUAACCCUUGUGUGCCAAGGUAGUUGCUUAUGCAUUAUUCAAGCAAACCAGGUCUCAGAUUGAGGAAGGUGGUGGGAGUAGCUGUUAUUGGCACUGUGGUGGGAAUGGCAUACCUCCCAACAUUUCAAAUGGACAAAGGCGGACACUUUCACUUUAAGGGUGUGACCGAGAAAUUUUAGGUGACUCAUUAAUGAUAACUUUUACAAGAAAAUGUAACUUUAGUACAAGAUCAAUGUAUCUCAUUUACACAGAUUGAUUUCCAAACACAUUUAUUGUAGUUUAAAGACACAUUACUGUUAGUAUUACUGCUGCAGAGCUCUGUUAUACACUCAGACACAUUACAAUUAGUAUUAUUGCUGCGGAGCACUGUUAUACACUCAGAUACAUUACUGGGAGUAUUAUUGUUGUGGAGCUCUGUUAUACAGUCAGACACAUUACUGGGAGUAUUAUUGCUGUGGAGCUCAGUUAUACACACAGACACAUUACAAUUAGUAUUAUUGCUGCGGAGCUCUGUUAUACACUCAGAAACAUUACUGGGAGUAUUAUUGCUGUGGAGCUCUGUUAUACACUCAGACACAUUACUGGGAGUAUUAUUGCUGUGGAGCUCCGUUAUACAAUCAGACACAUUACUGGGAUUAUUAUUGCUGUGGGGCUCUGUUAUACACUCAGACACAUUACUGGGAGUAUUAUUACUGUGGAGCUCUGUUAUACACUCAGACACAUUACUGGGAGUAUUAUUGCUGUGAGCUCUGUUAUACACUCAGACACAUUACUGGGAGUAUUAUUGCUGUGAGCUCUGUUAUACACUCAGACACAUUACUGGGAGUAUUAUUGCUGUGGAGCUCUGCUAUACACUCAGACACAUUACUGGGAGUAUUAUUGCUGUGGAGCUCUGUUAUACACUCAGACACAUUACUGGGAGUAUUAUUGCUGUGGAGCUCUGUUAUACACUCAGACACAUUACUAUUAGUAUUAUUGCUGCGGAGCUCUGUUAUACACUCAGACACACCAACAAUAUGGAGCUCCUAGAAAAGAGGGAGAUUUGGCCCCAAAAUAGGGACUUUUCCUCCUAAAUAGGGACAACUGUCAAAGAGGUGGUAACUGCCAGAUUGCAACAGGGAGGAGCAGCCGUUAUUUGCAGCAGAUUAGGAGUAGCUAGUCCAGGUAUUGGGCGGAAGUAGUUAUUACUGGCACCAGUGGGAAGAGAGAAUUUAGGAUUGGCAAUGGUGGGAAUAGCUAUACAGGGUGCAGGGCAGUAGCUCUUAUUGGCAAAGGGAAAGGAUGAACUAUUAUUAGAAGUGACAUGGGAGUAGCCAUUAUUGGCAGCAAGGUGGCACUAGCUAUUAUCGGCAAGAGGGUGAUAGUCGCUUUUACUGGAAGCUUGAUGGGAAUAACUAUUAUUGGCAACGGAUGGGAUUAACCAUUAUUGGCAGCGGGAUGGGAAUAACUAGUAUUUGAAGUGGAUGGGAAAAACUAUUAUUGUCUCAGAUAGGAGCAGCCAUUUUGGAAGCAAAAGGACUGGCAGGAGGUUGGAUUGGCCAGGACUGGCAGGAGGUGGGAGUAGCCAGGACUGGCAGGAGGUGGGAGUGGCCAGGACUGGCAGGAGGUGGGAGUGGCCUGGACUGGCAGGAGGUGGGAGUGGCCCGGACUGGCAGGAGGUUGGAGUAGCCCGGACUGGCAGGAGGUAAGAGUAGCCAGGACUGGCGGAAGAGGUGGGAGGUGGCCAGGACUGGCAGGAGGGGUGGGAGGUUGGUGGCCAGGACUGGCAGGAGGUGGGAGUAGUAGCCAGGACUGGCAGGAGGUGGGUGGCCAGACUGGAGGUGGGAGUGGCCAGGACUGGCAGGAGGUGGGAGUGGCCGGACUGGCAGGAGGUGGGAGUAGCCAGGACUGGCAGGGAGGGAGGCCAGGACUGGCAGGAGGUAAGAGUAGCCAGACUGGUAGGAGGGAGUGGCCCAGGACUGUGGAGGAGGUAAGAGUAGCCAGACUGCAAGAGGUGGGCGGCCAGGACUGGCAGGAGGUGGGAGUGGCGGACUGGCAGGAGGUGGGAGUGAGGACUGGCAGGAGGUUGAGUAGCCCGACUGGCAGGAGGUAAGAGUAGCCAGGACUGGCAAGAGGUGGGAGUGGCCAGGACUGGCAGGAGGUGGGAGUGGCCAGGACUGGCAGGAGGUGGGAGUAGUCAGGACUGGCAGGAGGUGGGAGUGGCCAGGACUGGCAGGAGGUAAGAGUAGCCAGGACUGGUAGGAGGUGGGAGUGGCCAGGACUGGCAGGAGGUUGGAUUGGCCAGGACUGGCGGGAGGUAAGUGUAGUCAGGACUGGCAGGAGGUGGGAGUAGCCAGGACUGGCAGGAGGUGGGAGUAGCCAGGACUGGCAGGAGGGUGGAUUGGCCAAGACUGCCAGGAGGUGGGAGUAGCCCGGACUGGCAGGAGGUGGGAGUAGCCCGGACUGGCAGGAGGUGUGAGUAGCCAGGACUGGCAGGAGGUGGGAGUAGUCAGGACUGGCAGGAGGUGGGAGUAGCCAGGACUGGCAGGAGGCGACCUCACUGGAUGCUGUGUGUUGCCUGCAGCUCCUGGCCCACCCUUCCCUGACCCAAAAAGCCUCAGGAUUUUUUUUAUUUAAGCAGCCCCUGUCCCCCCACCACAGCCCCUGUGCCCCCCUCUCAAGCUCCUGUCCCCUGUCUCAGCCCCUGUGCAUCUCAAUAGCACCUGUGCACUCACCACAGCCCGUGUGCUCCCCUCUACAGCUCCUUGUCCCCCCAUUACAGCUCCUGCCCCCCCCAUUUACAGCUCCUACCCCCCAAUUUACAGCUCCUGUGCUGCUCUCCAAGCGCCUGUACACCCCUCUACAGCUUCUGUUCCCUCUCUGUUGCUAUCCCCUACCUCAUUUGCUGUCCCCCCUCAGCUGCAUGCAGUUAUCCCCUUUCUCAGCCGCUGUCCCUCCAUUUCUCAGUCAUUGUCCCCCCCCCACAGUUGCUGUGCCACCCUCCUCUCUGCCCCUAUCCCCUUACUACAGUCACAUAUCAUCCCCAGUACAGCCCCUCUCCCCUAUUUGCAGCCCAUAUCACCCACACCACAGCCCCUUUCCCACAUUGUAGCCAUCAACCUAUUUCAGUCCCUAUCCCCCCACUACAUUUCCUAACCCCCUCAUUACAGCCCGUACCCUCUACUACAGCCUCUAACCCUCAACUACAGCCCUUGGUAUAUCGGUAGCAGGGUGGCAGUAUUUGAUAUCGAUAGCAGGUUGGCAGUGUUUGAUAUGGGUAGCAGGGUGGCAGUGUUUGAUAUCGGUAGCAGGGUGGCAGUAUUUGAUAUUGGUAGCAGGGUGCCAGUGUUUGAUAUGGUUAGCAGGGUUGCAGAGUUUGAUAUGGGUAGCAGGGUGGCAGUAUUUGAUAUCGUAGCAGGGUGGCAGAGUUUAUCGGUAGCAAGGUGGCAGUGUUUGAUAUCGGUAGCAGGGUGGCAGUAUUUGAUAUCACUAGCAGGGUGGCAGUGUUUGAUAUCGGUAGCAGGGUGGCAGUGUUUGAUAUCGGUAGCAGGGUGGCAGUGUUUGAUGUUGGUAGCAGGGUGGCAGUAUUUGAUAUCGGUAGCAGGGUGGCAGUGUUUGAUAUCGGUAGCAGGGUGACAGGGUGGCAGUAUUUGAUAUCGGUAGCAGGGUGGCAGUGUUUGAUAUCGGUAUGUUGGUAGCAGGGUGGCAGUAUUUCGGGAUAUCGGCAGGGUGGCAAAGUGUUUGGAUAUCGGCAGCAGGGUGACAGGGUGGCAGUAUUUGAUAUGGGUAGCAGGGUGGCAGUGUUUGAUAUCGGUAGCAGGGUGGCAGUAUUUGAUAUCGGUAGCAGGGUGACAGUGUUUGAUAUCGGUAGCAGGGUGGCAGUGUUUGAUAUCGGUAACAGGGUGACAGUGUUUGAUGUUGGUAGCAGGGUGUCAGUAUUUGAUAUUGGUAGCAGGGUGACAGGGUGGCAGUGUUUGAUAUCGGUAGCAGGGUGACAGGGUGGCAGUGUUUGAUAUCGGUAGCAGGGUGACAGGGUGGCAGUAUUUGAUAUCGGUAGGAGGGUGGCAGUGUUUGAUAUCUGUAGCAGGGUGACAGGGUGGCAGUGUUUGAUGUCGGUAGCAGGAUGACAGGGUGGCAGUAUUUGAUAUCGGUAGCAGGGUGGCAGUGUUUGAUAUCGGUAGCAGGGUGACAGGGUGACAGUAUUUGAUAUCGGUAGCAGGGUGGCAGUGUUUGAUAUCGGUAGCAGGGUGACAGGGUGGCAGUAUUUGAUAUCGGUAGGAGGUGGCAGUGUUUGAUAUCUGUAGCAGGGUGACAGGGUGGCAGUGUUUGAUGUCGGUAGAAGGGUGACAGGGUGGCAGUAUUUGAUAUCGGUAGCAGGGUGGCAGUGUUUGAUAUCGGUAGCAGGGUGACAGGGUGGCAGUGUUUGAUGUCGGUAGCAGGGUGACAGGGUGGCAGUAUUUGAUAUAUCGGUAGAGGUGGCAGUGUUUGAUAUCUGUAGCAGGGUGACAGGGUGGCAGUGUUUGAUGUCGCAGUAGGCGACAGGGCAAGGUAUUUGAUAUCGGGUAGGAGGGUGGCAGUGUUUGAUAUCUGUAGCAGGUGACAGGGGUGGCAGUGUUUGAUGUCGGGUAGCAGGUGGGAUGACAGGGUGGCAGUAUUUGAUCGGUAGCAGGGGUGGCAGUGUUUGAUAUCGGUAGCAGGUGACAGGGUGACAGUAUUUGAUAUCGGUAGCAGGGUGGCAGUGUUUGAUAUCGGUAGCAGGGUGACAGGGUGGCAGUAUUUGAUAUCGGUAGGAGGGUGGCAGUGUUUGAUAUCUGUAGCAGGGUGACAGGGUGGCAGUGUUUGAUGUCGGUAGCAGGGUGACAGGGUGGCAGUAUUUGAUAUCGGUAGCAGGGUGGCAGUGUUUGAUAUCGGUAGCAGGGUGGCAGUGUUUGAUAUCGGUAGCAGGGUGACAGGGUGGCAGUGUUUGAUAUCGGUAGCAGGGUGACAGGGUGGCAGUAUUUGAUAUCGGUAGGAGGGUGGCAGUGUUUGAUAUCUGUAGCAGGGUGACAGGGUGGCAGUGUUUGAUGUCGGUAGCAGGGUGACAGGGUGGCAGUAUUUGAUAUCGGUAGCAGGGUGGCAGUGUUUGAUAUCGGUAGCAGGGGUGGCAGUGUUUGAUAUCGGUAGCAGGGUGACAGGGUGGCAGUGUUUGAUAUCGGUAGCAGGGUGACAGGGUGGCAGUAUUUGAUAUCGGUAGCAGGGUGGCAGUGUUUAUCGGUAGCAGGGUGGCAGUGUUUGAUAUCGGUAGCAGGGUGGCAGUGUUUAUCGGUAGCAGGGUGGCAGUGUUUGAUAUCGGUAGCAGGGUGGCAGUGUUUAUCGGUAGCAGGGUGGCAGUGUUUAUCGGUAGCCGUAUGUGUUAUUUUGAUUUUGGCAGUAAUUGAUAUUGUCAGGGAGAGGAAGCACCUAUAGCGGCAGGCUGUGGGGUGGAGAAGAUUUUUUCAGAGGAGGAGGUAGAGUAGCUGGGGUGGAGGAGGAGCAGUUGUAGUGUAGGAGGUGGCUGUAGCUGAGAAGGCUGGGGUGGCUGCGGGGAGGAGGGGAGUAGCUGUAGUUUAGUAGGUGGAGGCUGGGAUAUUGGAGGAGGUGAUUGCUGUUGUAGGGGAGGUGGAAGCUGAACUGUGCGUUGUAGGAAGAGGUGGUUGUGGAUGAGGUAGAAGCUGGGAUGGAGUAGGUGGUGUAUGUGAGUUGUGGGAGGUGGUAGAAGUUGGUAUGGAGAAGGUGGUGUCUGUGUUGUAGGAGAUGGUUGUGGAGGAGGAGGUGGUGUCUGUGUUGUAGGAGGUGGUUGUGGAGGAGGUAGAGGUUGGGUUGUAGGAGGUGGUUGUGGAGAAGGAGGUGGUGUCUGUGUGUUGUAGGAGGUGGUUAAGGAGGAGGUGGUGUCUGUGUGUUUUAGGAGGUAGUUGUGGAGGUUGGGUUGGAGGAGGUGUCUGUGUGCUGUAGGAGGUGGUAGAGGCUGGGAUGGAGUAGGAGGUGUCUGUGUUUUGUAGGAGGUGGUUGCUGUAGUUGAGGUGGUGUCUGUGUUGUAGGAGGUGGUAGAGGCUGGGAUGGAGGAGGUGGUGUCUGUGUGUUGUAGGAGGUGGUUGUGGGAGGUGGUGUCUGUGUUGUAGGAGGUGUCUUUGUGAGCAGUGCAGGCCCGGUAGCCGCCCCAUACUCUGAGCCUCCUCCUUCCCGCACACUGAGCCCGGACAGCUGCGGCUUCACCCAGGAUCCUCUAACAAUCUCUCUCUUCUCCUCUCAUUCCUCAUUACAUUUAUUUGUAGCUACUUUCCUCCAUCCCUAUCUCCUCCACCUAUCCCUCCCGAUCAUUGUUUGGUACUUUUACUCAUUUUCUGAUUUUUAUUUUUUUUAUAUAUUUUUUUUGAUCUCCUGUAAACUUUGCGCUGGUAUUAAGGAAGAAGAGGAAGCGAUUUGCCCCCGGAGCCGUUUUGCCCCCAUUGAUCCCCCCUGACGCCGCCGCUGAGCCCACCUGCCCAGCAUUGCGACCUGAAUGGAUGGGUAUGGGGAAAAGGGCCGCACUCUGCUACCCCGGGGCUGACCGCCGGUGUACCCUGGGCCCCCUGCACCUCCUCCUACUGCUGGCCCUCUGGGGGGACACAGGUAAGAACCCUCACACUCACCAAGGUUCUACUAUCCCUGUUACUGUAUCUGCUGAGGUUUCCAACUCUCUCCAUGCUCAGCCCACACUGGGCUUUCUUUUCUCUGUGUGUUGGGAGUUGCAAUCCUGAGCAGCUGAAAGGAUGUGAUUUACUGAUCAAUGCACACAGGGAAUGGGUUAAGAUUACAUUUGACUUUAAUGGGGGUUGUCAUUGCCUGGAUCAGUCAGGCAUAGGGGAGACUAAAUGUACUUUGAGGAGUAAAAUAAUCUGUAAAUCAAGGGUGAUCUGCAAAUCGUCUUAAAUAAACACUGAUUUCUAAACAAUGUUAAUGUUCUUUAAAAAUGUGUAUUUUUAAUGUGAAUGUUGUCAUUAUAUACACAUACAGUACCCUCUAUCACUGUAGUUUCUAUAAUGUGUCAUUGUAUUAGCAGCAGCAGAUACAUUGUAGUAUAAGGGCUCUGCCUAGCACUGUGACUUUGCACAGUCAGUCUCCAGAGUCUGUAACUGUAUGACUGCAGUGCUUAGUGGUCCUUAACUUUCCCUCCAGACUGACAACAUGUCACCAAUUGUGUCCAGUCCCGCACCUCAUGGCUGCUGUGCAAGCUGCCUGCCUGGCCCCAUUCAUUAUCUAAGGGUACCAUGGCAGUGAGUACUGUGGGACAAGGCACUCCAAAAUCUGCCUGGAGAACAGUCCCAGAGAUCCAGUGUUGUUUAGUACUAGGCCUCUAAGUAUAUAUACUUCAUUACAUAUGUCUAGAAAAUGCUGGGUUCUGUCAAAAUAUAUAAAUGUAUUUCUUUUUGUGCUAAGUAGGAGAAGGGAUGGUACAUCGAAGAAGGCCACAGGCCAAUGCAAUUUCUGUAUUUUAUUGCAGUUUUAUGGCUCUUCAUUCAUUUAUACGUGUUGCAGCAUUUUUUUAACCCAGUAGGGAAAUGGGACCAAAGAAAUCCAUCUAUUUAAUGAUAUCCCUGGCAUGAUGAAGGACUGUGUCUAUAUAUAUAUAUAUAUAUAUAUAUAUAUUCUCACAUAGUAAUGUUUUUACUCCCUUAAUUUGCUAUAUGAAUGCAAUUAUCCAGUGAUUUGGCAUGUAACCCUGAAUAUAUUCUGUAGGUGGUUGGUGAGGAAUAAAAACAUUGUACUUUCUAUAAAUGCAAUAAUGGACAUUCUGUGACCUCUCGUUUAGCUCUGGAUAAACUGUAACCCCAAUCUCACUUAGCCGGUUACUCUUCAAUUUGUGACAAUUUAGACACUCAUAUCACCGAGACACAGAGCAUCCUCUAGGCUUUGCAGAUAAAAUAGAUAUGUUAUAAUUGUAUUAUUGUUAUUAGUAGCAUUAGAGCAGCAACAUAUUCUGCAGCGCUUUACGAUUAUAAAAUGGGGAUAUUUGACAACAAAUAAUUGACACAAAAAAAUAACAAGACUAGGUGGAGGUGAGUACAGUCUACGAGGACAGGGUAAAUACAUACAAGACAAAUAACAGAAUGUCAGAAAGGAGGUCGAACUGAUUGAAAAGAACCCUACAAAACCGCUAGUCAAUAAAAUGUUUCUUUUCUGCUUUUUUUUUUCCUGUUAAUGGCUGGAGAUUGCUUUAGCACAAAUCCAAAUAGUGGUAAUGAGUCUGCGGAUAUGAGUUUGCAAUGAGCGGACCUGCUGAGUGAACGGCACAUCUGGAUAUUAGCUAUAUAGUGAUUGCUGAGGCAUAUGCUGUCCAAGUGUGUCUUUUGUGUAUUGGGAGGUGUAUAAGUCUGUUACCAUACAGGGGGCUCAGCUGGAAGAGACACUGUUAAUAGGCUGUAUGCUCAGGGGCAGAACAGAUUUCCCAAAGCUGGGAUUGCGUUUUGAUUGCAGCAUGAUGCUCAUUUAAAUAAGCCAUCACAUGUUUAUUUCAGUGCUUUUAUUUAUUUAUUUUUUACAGUUUUCCAUUUAAAAAAAAAAAUAUAUAUAUAUUUUUUUUAUAUUACACAACAUUAUCACAAUUGACUUGGAAAAAAAAAAAAGCCAUUAAUUAUUGUCUGUCAGUCUGGCUAUAUCACGGUAUCUGUUUAUGGAAUCCAUGUAGCUUAAGAAUGUUUGUUUGUUUUUAUUUUUAUUUUUGUAUCUAGGCUUUGGAGUGCCUGAAGGUUGAUACCACUUUGAUUUGCACUAAGAUUAAUACGUUUUCUAGCCUCAAACUUUAUUUAACCUUUUGUUUACUCCAGUAACCAAGCAAUCCUAUAAAAAUGCAUAAACUGAUUUAAUUUUAUUUAAUUUGUCAUGUUUGCAUCCAAAUGCUGCAAUCUGUGCAGCCCAGCCAUCUUAAACUCUGGCCCACCAGAUGUUUCUGAACUACAGUUCCCCCAAUUCUCUGCUAAUCUAUUGCAUUUAACCUCUUAAGGACACAUGACAUGUCAUGAUUCCCUUUUAUUCCAGAAGUUUAAGGGGUUAAAGAAUUCUGGGUACCGUAGUACUGUAAGUCGUCAACAUUUGGUGGGAGGGUAAGCAUUUGAGAUCUCUGGUCUAGCCAGAUUGAACUGACAUUAGUUUUUAGUCAGACAUGUUGUGCAUUUUAUUAUUAUUUAUUUAUUUUUUUACUUGAUAUAAAAUUGCUCACAUGAAUGAAAGCGUUAAAUUGCGGCUCUUAUGUAUGGAGUAUAAUGAUUCAGAUGUCCCACCUUUCCCUACUUCUCCCCUUCCCCCCCCCCCUUCCUAUCCUGGUGUUUGCUGAAUUCAAGACUGAGAUCAGAUUUCCUGCAGCUACAAGGAGAGAAGAGAGCCUUGUGCUAGUUCUGCUGUUGAUGGGAGUAGGAAAGAAUUUAACCCCCGAUAGACAUUUUGUAAAGGAUAUAGAUAUGGUUUUCAGGUAAACCAUUUGCUACCAAGUUGUUCUUGCUGGCAGUGAAUAAAUAAAGCGAUUUAUAAUGAGUCUGAACACUCAAUAAUAUAAUACUAUAACGUGUGAUUUAUUUUUCUUUGCUGUACAGCUCUUGUACAUAAAAGGUUAAUAGCACAUAGUUCCAUGUUAGAGCUAGACAGUCUUCUUAGUUCUAGCUCCUAUGGAUUGUUACUCUCAGAAUUCUGCACAAGCAUGAUGAGAGUUGUAGUUCACCUUGUGCUUAGACUGUGCCUUUGGUAAUUCACUAUCGAAGACAAACAGUCUGUAGCAGUCUCUGAAUGCUUAACAAGUUUGUGAAUAAGAUACUCCUCUGAAGGCCCAUGUAAUCUGUAAAACAAAUCAUAACAAUGUAUUUGUAUUUUGCAAGAACUCAGUAGUUUUGUAUCACAGCAGUUGUUUGAAUUUGAGUUGGGGAUUAAGUUUCUCCUUCCUGGCAGCAAAGGGUUAAGAGGUUAGAACUACAUAGUAGAAUUUCUGAGACAUGCAGGGUCCACAUAUGUGAUUUGACCUUUGUAAAACAGUUCUGAUAUUUGUGGCUUGUGACUAAUUUGAACAGUUUGUAGGGGGCUGGUUGGCUGAGAGGUACUUUUGUUCAAGAUCAUUACCUUGAAUAAUUCCUGCAGCGAUUAGCUGGGGAAAAGGUUGAAGCAGGGUAAUCUAAAUCUGAUCAACAAAGCCCGAUUAUCUGUUAAAUGUUUACAUCUGGAUCUCUAUCACCCGCUUUAUUAGAUAAUCACAGAAGCAGUGAGGGGUAUUUGAGUAUUUUUCCUUUUUCAAGAGCACUAGGAACAGGAGAAAAAAAAAAAAUAUAUAUAUAUAUUUUUUUAUUUUAUUUUUUUUUUAUAUAUAUAUAAAAAUUUUAAUUUUCACUUUUUUAAACAUAAUUAUGGACUUAGUAUAGAAAACAGGAUUAAGGAAAAUGUGAUUUAAAGACUUUUUUUAUUAUAAUUCUAGUGUGGUGUGUGUUUUUAUAUAUAAUAUCAUUGGUUCUUAAAUAGUUAAAAGCAGACUUUGCUGUGACUUGGUUGGACAUUGUCCAAGUUAUACAACAAUAUAUUGCCAAAUCCUUGUGCACUUUAAACCAGGCGGUGGAAUGCUUGGUAGACUUGCAGCUGUGAAACUACAAAUCCCAUGAUGCCUUGAGGCCAGUGAAGAAUCAUGGGAGUUGUAGUUAAGGCUUGUGGCCGUUCCUGAUUUGAUUUGUUCAGUAAGUGAUAUGACUGACAUUUAAAGUCACUCUGUCACAUGAAACGAGGAGCCAAUUUGAAGGAGAUUUAUGAAUGUGCUCUAUAGAUUAGCAAAUGUAUAAAUGCAAAGUUCGUACCUGAGCAAUUUUUGAAGUAGAUCCGCAAUAUAUAUUAAAUUAUUUUUAUUCACCAUAAAAUAUAUUCUGUUUUUGCAUGACUGGUGCACUGUUCACCAUAUAACCUCUUCAUGCGGACUGGACCCAUUUAUAGCCGCAUUGAUUAUGCCAAAUUAACACUUCAAUUUUAUCAAUGUUUGUUUUGACCAACUUGAAUGGAGGUGAUUGGCUGAGCGUGUUGGGUACCUCUAGUGGUCAUGUUACCCUGUAAAGUGAUUGAUAGGGUUAUUUAUUAAAUUCAAAGAGAAUUUCAAACUUCCUUCAAGCACCACGAUCAAUUCACUGAUUUUGAAGUGGUCGUAGUGCCUUAAGUUUGUAUAUUCCACUAUGAAAUGCUGCACAUACAGACUUUAACCCCUCUGUUUCUGGUUGUAUAACUGCGUUUAUGACAGCAUUAUUAGGGCGUCAUUAGCCACCCAAGAACGAACAAGAGCUAAUGUGAAUUCAGGGCAUAUUUGGCAUCUGUCACCAGGACACACACCGUGUUGGAGUGCAGGUAAGUUUAAAGUUCUUUUGUUUGGUUUUAUUUUCUAUUUUAUUUUUUGUAGUGGGGCAGGAUAGAAAGGGUUACCCCCACUGAAACCGUAUUUUCUUAAAAGGUCAAAUAGCUGGUCUGGAAAAAUUCUAUGCUCCCAGUUUGGCUACUCUGGCCUUAAAUGUGAAAUUCACUUUGAAUUCUCUCUUUAGUAAAUAAACCUUUUAGAUGAGUUUGGACAUCAAUGAGGCAGGCGUGAGUCACCAUAACAUCUAAAUAUUUAGCUUUACUAGAAAUCCCCUAAAAAGGUGUCAGUGAGAGCUGAAAUCUCACUCUGCUUUCAGACCUUUGGAAGUAUUUCAACUCUAGUUUGAAAAAUUAUAAAUAAAUGUAUCCCAUACAAACGGAAUUCACGCCUUACCGUCUGAGUCUCCAUUGCUGUAUAUGGCAGUAUUUGUCUGUGAAGGCUGUUGCGCAGUGUGCUUUAGUUAUAGUACACAGCACUAUGUCACUGCAGUUUUUUAUUAUAUUACUUGGCAAACGUUUGUUACUUGGAGUACAGGUAAGGCAAAUUAUUCCUGAAUAAUUGUUUGUUCUUUGUAUGGCUACUUUGACACAAACACACACACCUGUGUAUAGGCUUAUUCUCUAAACAGGGAAUUAUAAAAAGAGAAUUGGAAAAUAUAGGUUAAAACCGUAAAGAUGCCAAUAUCCUGAAAACUGGCAUCUGACAGUAGUGCCCAUAGGGUACAUCUAUACCCCUAACUGUCUCUAUUUAGGAGGCACAAUCCCUAUUUUGGGCCCAUAUGCCUCUGUUGCACGUUUUAUGUCCCAAUGUCCCUCCAUAUUGUUGGUCUGUCUGAGUGUAUACCAGAGAUCCGUAGCAAUAAUGCUCACUGUAAUGUAUUAACGGGUUACUGCAAGAGUCUUAAGGGGAACCUUUUUUUGGAGUAAUGUGCCCUAUUGAGCACUAGGAAGGAGGUUCCCCUCAACACCCCCCCCCACCCCCCUCGAUUUGUAGAAUAACAGGUAAAAAUAAAGUGUUUACUCACUUGGAAUCCAGCACCAAGCGUAGCUUCUGACGCUGAUUUCUGCGACAGCUCCGGCGUUACAGGGGCCUUGCACGGUCCAGUUGUUGUCUGCCAAUGUCACGUGCUGGGGAUGCAACUAGCCCCCAGCACACAAUUAAAGGGACUCCAUAGUGUUAGAAAUACAAAACUGUAUUCCCAACACUGUAGUGCCCUCUGGUACCCCCUGCCUUGUGGUCCCUUUGUCAGGUAGAGGGUUAGAAAAACCUUUAUUACUUACUCGAUUCCAGAGCUCAUGUUCUUCGGUGCUGGGUUGGCACUCCGCCUCCUCCGACGAUAGGGUAAUAGGAGCUGUAGUGGGUGUAGGAUGUAUAGGGACUGUAGUGGGUAUAGCGGCUGCAGGAGGUAUUGGUGGUGUAGGAUGUAGUGGAUAUAGGGGCUGUGGUGGGUGCAGGGGGAUAUAGGGGGCAUAGUGGGUAAAAGGUAGAAGGGGCUGUAGUGGGUAGAGGGAUGUAGUGGGUAGAGGGAUGUAGGGGCUGUAGUGGGUAGAGGGAUGUAGGGGCUGUAGUGGGUAGAGGUUAGAGGAGCUGCUGUGGGUAGAUUGACUGUAGUGAGUAGAAGGUAUACUAUAGGUGCUGCUGGGGUAGAGGGACUGUAGUGGGUAGAAGGUAGAGGGGCUGCUGAGGGUAGAGGGACAGUAGAAGGUAGAAGGAUAUAGGGGCUGCUGGGGGUAGAGGGAUAUAGGGGCUGCUGGGGGUAGAGGGAUAUAGGGGAUGCUGGGUGUACAGGGAUAUAGGGGCUGCUGGGUGUAGAGGGAUAUAGGGGCUGCUGGAGGUAGAGGGAUAUAGGGGCUGCUGGAGGUAGGGGGAUAUAGGGGCUGCUGGGGGUAGGGGGAUACAGGGGCUGUAGAAAGUAGAGGGACUGUAGUGGGUAGAGGGGCUGAGCCUUACCUUUAGCCAGAGAGGAGGAAGCAUGCUAUCUCUCCCUGAAGUGCUGCCUGUAACAGUGAUAAAUCGGGCAGCUCCACAUGGCUCCCUUAACUUUUGACACAUGAUGUCACUUCCUAUGUGAGGAGCCACACAGAGCACCUUGAUUGAUCUCUGUUACAGACACUUCUCCUUGUGUCUUUAUCUUUCAGGCACACUGAGAGGCGGCCUAGUGCGUCUUUGGGAGGCUUAAUAGCUGUUUCUCAGUUUGCCAUGAUGGGGCUGUGUGGCAGAACAAAGGGAGAGGGGCUUUUUUUUUUUUUUUUGGCAAUGACUGACUGCAGACUGGCUGGGGAGAUUGUUGGACUCCCCAGCCAGCUGUUCCUUUCCUGCACAGCGGGCAGGCACCCGAGAGCCUCGGGCCCGAGUGCUCAGUCCGCCCCUGGACAGGAGGGCCUAAAGUGCAUGCGUGCCGAGCUCUGCAACUGAAUUAGGCCCUCCCCAUAGCAAAGUAUUAAAUUAAUGCUUUCCUAUGGGGAUUUUAAUUAUGCUGGAUGUCCUCAUGCAGAGGGUGAGGAUGUUCAGCAUCAUUUAGGAUACCCAGAGUAUGCUAGAGUCCCAAAAGUGCCUAUAUUGACUGUUUGACAGCCACUAAAGGCAGUCUUAGUCCUGCAAGGUAAUUAUUCAAGUUUCUCAAAAACUUACAUUGCAGGACUAAAUGGGACACCGCACACAGACCACUUUAAUAAGAUGAAGUGGUCUGGGUGCCUAUAGUGUCCCUUUAACAGAAGCUCAGUUUCUGCAGUGUUUUCAUGCAGAAAUACUGACUCCUACCACCGUGACCACUUCAAAUCACUCUGUGUAAAUAAGAUACAUUGUUCUUGUUCUGAAUUACAUUUUAGUACCAUAAAGUGUUAUUGGUAAGUCAUCUAAAAUCUUUCAGCAGAGCUAUGUCUUAAAAUGUUGGGAGGUGUGCAUUCCAACUGUUGCAGAACUGAAAUUGUUGUGAUGCUCUGACAGUCACUCCUGGCAUAUGGAGUUUAAAAGGAUACUCUAAGCACCAAAACAACUUUAGCUUAAUGAAGCAGUUUUGGUGUGUAGAUUAUGCCACAACAGUCGCAUUACUCAAUUAUCUUUCAUUUAGAAGUUAAGUCAGUUUUGUUUGUUUUUAUACAGUCAUAGCCACACCUACCCUGGCUGUGACGCAUGGUUUCAUUUUCAGAUCUGACAGCACAAUUUGUUCAUUGUAGAAGUUUUCAUCUUCUGCUCUGUUUAAUCACAAACAGGAGGCCCUUUUUCGAUCACUUUAAGAAAUCUGAAUUUGUUUUUUUUAAAUGUGUAAUUUUUAGCUGUCAAUUUUCAGAACUUUUUGAUUAAUGUUUUCCCAUAUCUUUGCUUAGAUUCACUAUAUUAUUUCUGCUUUUUAGAACAGUUAUAGAGAAAACACUAGAUAAAUACAAUGUAUAUUAAAUCAGGGAUGCAGUUUGAUAGGUUGAAAACCGAAAUAGCCAAUCAGAAUCCAAGAAAUCAUAAACUAAUGGAAGAUUAGGUCUCUUUAAUGUAGAGACUGGGGAGAAGAACCUUCAGGCACAGUCAAUUGCUAACCCCCUUUUACUCUUUAUGUCAAAAUAACAAUGGAUAUUAAUCUGCACUUUUCAGAAAACUUUAAUGCAUACAUAUCACGCAUUCAUUUCAAGCCGUGCUCCUCUGUUGGUGGAGAAAGGCAGAGGAUGUCCGGAGAUGCCGUGUUUUGUCCCAGGUAUUGGUAAGGUUUGGGCCAUCUUUGUGUAAGGCAGUUGUAGAUCUGCAUAUUAUCUCAAACAGUCCUGUACUAAGCUAUCUCUCAGUGUACCCUGCAGGAUCGCCAAAGCUCUCUCUGCAGUUGAGGAAUUCACAGACGGCCAGUUCUUGCAAACUAUGGUGGUUGGUCAGUGGCUAACCUAACUGAGAUGCAAGCAGUUCUAGGAAUUGUCUUUGUUGCUACAGUCACCCAGCUUCCUGAUUCCAUUUAACGAUAGAUCUCCUUUAAAAUGUAAGAAUUUAGAUGGGUGUUUGCAAGGACAUAUGAGUUAGUUUAUCUAUUACUGGUAUUUGCUGGGACUUCUUCAACAUUACCUAAAAUAUAUUAAUUAACUUUUAUUGUGGAACGAUUCUAAUGUGGUUUAAAAGCUUCACAAGCUCACAAGAGAAGAUGGAAAGAAAAAUAAAUCUCAAUAAUGAUUGCAAAAAGGAAAAAAAUAAUAUAAUUAAUGGUGAACGUACAUCCAUCUAAAAGCUCCUUGUGUUGGGUAAUGUGUGGUGUUUAUUUCACAUUUAUCCUUCCUGUCACUCAGAAAAUGCCAAGAAGAGAGAGAGGUAGAACAUAAUCUCUUCUCUGGUGGCAGAGAUUGCUGUAGGAAUGUGAAUUUAAAACCUCAUAGUGUUUUGACAGCCCAGAUUCCAUUAGAGGGCCUAUUCUUUUUCUUUUUAGUGCAAUGGUAAGAAUUCAUCAGCCUUUUGUUCACUAAAAAGUGAUUGACAUCUUACUUACAGUAUCUUCAAUUUAGAAGCAAAAAAAGAAAAAUCCUACUGUUAAGUACUUUGCUGAUGGACAUUUAAAAAAAAAUAAAAAAUAAAUAAAUAUAUAUAUAUAUAUAUAUAUAUAUAUAUAUAUAUAUAUUUAUAUAUAUAUUAUUGUCUAAAUUGUCUUGUCAAUUCAGAUUUCCCAAGCAACACUAGCACAGAAUGAUGUUUUUGACCCCAAAUUAUUCUACAAUUUUCUUUUUGUAACCCUCCACAAAAUCUUAAUAUGGAACAACACUUGCUGCAUAGUGAUUUCUGCACACUGGGAAUUUGGUGAUAUAAUUCAUACAUCUGUUCAUAAGCCAUAUAAAUAACUUGGCCAUUUACAGCAUGUGAUAAUUUAAUUGAAGGUGCCAUGCUGUGUUCUGCUAGAAAAACAAGAUGGCUGCUACCCAACACAGUUCUCAAGUUAGUCCUGUGUCAGACAUCGGGACGCGGUGUGGAGGCAAGCAAGCAAUUUACCCAAAUUUUUCAGGAGUGGUGCACCUAAUGACUAAUGUUCUACUGGACAUUUUAAAUAAAAAGGAACAGUUUUUUUAACCUGUAAACUGACAAGAGUUACCUUUUAAUUUUUAGUUUUCAGACCUCACAAAAACAUAGUAGCCAAAUAUAGAGUAUCAUUAUUAUAUUAUUAAAAAUACUGGACAGUGACUGUUCCCAAACGUGAAUUUCUGAUACGCCUUAUUAAACAGUUAUUUAAAAAAACAAAUGAUGAUAUUUUAAAUUUAAACCCAAAGUUGGGAUUUUAAGCCCUGACUUUGGGUUCAAUUUAUGGACAAAUUUUAAUAAAAGGUUUUCCCAUCACACACUUUUUUUUAUUUAUUUUUUUCUGUGUAUUUUUUUUAUUAACAAUGAGAUAUAACCCUCUUUUAUUGCACAGCAUGAAGGCCAUCUUGUUUAAAACUCGAUGGCGUAUGUAGACCUGUGUGUUUUCUGAUCCCAACGCUAGGCUAGGCGAUAGUCUUCUUUUAACCAUACGUUACCUGUACUUCCUUAAUGGAAAUCAAAUGGGGUGUAGGCUGCUUACUCACACAUUUCAUGGCCAUUCUUGGCUUGAUCCCCAAAAUUGUUUGCUUUCUGCAUUUGUUUGGCAUUCUGACAGCCCCCCGCCCACCCCCUCCUCCACCUUUUAGGAGUACUUGCUAUGUAAAGUAUGCAAUGUCAUUAUACAUUUAUGAAAAUUGGAUAUUCUGGUUGAACGCUGUACAGGAUGUUCAGAGGGCAAUCAGAUGAGGCUUGAAAAUGAUGAGUCACCUGGAUCAUAUAUCUCAAUACAGAAGGCUCUUCUCUGUGUUCUAUGGACCUCGUAGUUGUUGGUUCCAUGGCGUGGGAAUUUUUCUGUGCUUGCUCCGACUUCUAAUGGUCAGCCAGCUUCUUGACCUAAUUCUUUUUGGAUUCCACACACAUGUAUGCAUACAUGCCACAUCCUUGUGAUAACUUUAUAACUUAGGCCUAUCCAAGACAGUGACCUAUUAGCCAAGAUGCAGUGAGAUAAAUCCUUGCAGUGGUUGUGGUGCCUGGAGUACCCUGGAGCUCUCUAACCUUGUAGUGUUAUACUGUUUUCGAUUGGCUUUGACCCUGAAUCCCAUUCUCCAGUCUGCUGCCUUUCUUUCUUGGCACAGGCUAAUACAUGAGAUGGCAGUCAUAGACAGUGUCUGUUGACACUCAAGGUCCGUCACUAACCAUCGAUCGUGAGUAAAGGUACCUAUAUUCUUAACCUUAACUCGUGAUGUGCUGCCAAUGAUAAGCUGAGUGUGUCCGCUGAUGUGUUAGGCCUAUCACUUUCUGGCGCAUUUGAAAACACCAAAUAGUGUAACUAUGCCAGAGGAGUCCAGACAUACCUUUGCACAAUAUCAAAUACAAAAAUAAAUCAAUAAAAUAUAAAAAUCUGUCAACUUUAAAUGGAGGGUUAAAUUGGCACGUAGAUACAUUUCUUUAAAUUUUAGAUGUAGAUGCUUAGAUUAGUUAGUCGUGCUGGGUGAGUUUUUAAAUUUAAACUUCUUUAUUUUUUUUUGUUUUGUUUUUUCCGCAUAGAAAUCUGUUUUGCACACUGUGCUCGUUCAUUCCAUCUCUAUGCCCCAAUCUAUGGUGUUCCCUUUUCAUCUCAUUAAGUAGGUUGUGCAUGAUCAAAUGGAAUUACGUGACUUAAAGCUAAAUAUGAAUUCUACAGAUUCAACAUUACAGUUAAAUAGAUCUACUAUUUGCCUCUGUUAAUAUAUACUAUAUGCCUUAAGAAGGGUCUAGACACGUAACCCCACCUUAUGCCUUAAUUCUCCUAUUUAACAUAUUCCCAUGGGGGAUUUACGGGAAGGGAAUAGUUCUGACCUCCAGUGCAUGGAGUGCGCAUAGUUGUAUACCUCUCGUAUAAAUUGCAUAUCAUAUAAUUUAUAUGCAGUCACUUGUGAUUUAAAAUAGAGCUUGUUUAUUCUUUUCAUCGCAGUUCUUGCAUGUCUGAAAUCGACAUGUUUCUGCAGGGUAAUCCGAUAGUAGUUCUGUGCAUGCUUAUUGUGUGGUGAUUCUGUUUGUUUCGGUUUUCUAACCUUUUAAAAAGCUGACAGUCUGAGAUCUUAGCUAGUGUGAUUGCCGAAUGCCGUGCUUUGCGUUCCAGGACAUCUUGUCUUACUUGAAGGCAUCGAAGGCCCGAAAAACAGUUUGCUCCAGGCUUUAUUGAGCUAGAUUAUUCUGUCUGUCUUUGUGUGCAAUGUAAGUAGAAUUUUAAUUUGCAUACUCCGUAAUUUGAGCUGUAUUUUUUUUCUUCUGCAUGGACAGAGUUUGGCAUAUUAACUUACCACCUGUGUUUCCUUGGCAGUCUUUCCAAAACCGUAUAAUGUCAGGGUGGUCAAAGUUAAUGGCUACAAACCCUGGAUUUAGAAGGAAAUCCUUCCCUUUUUUUUUUUUUUUUUUGUUCGGUCUUCAAUGAUCAGUCAAGGUUUUAAGGUUGUUGUGUCUGUGUUUAAGCAAGAGCAAACCUUUUCUAGAAAAAUUGUAUGUCUGACAUUCAAGGACUUAAUAAAAUGCAAGAAUCUGCAAAUUGGGUUAGAUAUAAUUGUCGUUUGUUUUGUUUUUAAAGCCUCUGUACCUUUUUAGAUUCUUGAAAUUUAAAUUUGAUGCCUUUUGACAUCCUGUAAUCCCUUAUAAAUAUUGGAUAGUUCUAUUCACAGCUGCUAAAUAUGAAGCUUUAGUUUUUUGGUUUUUUUUUUUCAAGAUGUAUCAUUUUGCUGUUCUUUGUUUACUUGUAUUAUGCACAGUAAAGUGAUUGUGUGUAGCCUUGACACGUUGAUGACGAAGGCGGAAGAUGUUUUGUCUUGGUUUAUAGACUAUGGGGUCUACAGUAGAGUGGUGUUCAAAGUCAGCAUUUUUUUAGUGCGAUGGGAUUUUCAUCCCAGCAUAGAGCACAUUUACGGUAUAAUCAUUAAAUAGAGCUUGCAGACAAAUUUCGAUGGGAACUCCAAACUCAUUCAGUAUAACCAAAAAAAGUUAUUGUGGCGGAACCAACCUCGCCACUGGAGGAGCCUGGUUGCCCACCUCUUGCCGCUGGACUAUGGCCCUGCAUUAAAAACCUUUUUAUUUUCCCUAUGUGAGCAGUGUUACCCCAGAUAGCUAAGCCAUGGAGCCCAUUCGUAUACCGAAAGACUAUGGGAAAGACUAUGGCUCCAUGGCGAUUGAACUGUAUGUAUGUGAUCUGAGCGCCAUCCGGUAAUAAUGUGCUCUCAGAUCGGGAGUUUGAAGCAUUCCCCUGGUUCCAGUUCGGGAGAUUGGUGAAUUCAUGUGCUUGCAGUUCGGGAGAUUGGUGAUUGCAGUAGCUGUCUGUGCAUCUGAAAAGGGGAAUAUCGCCUAAACGGUUUUUAACCUCUUGUGUGCAAAGCGGUCCGUUACAGUUAUUAACUAAUGGCUGAAUAUGAAGGGAAACUACUCAACUUGGGCUCUGUAAAAAAUCCACCAACUUGAACCAAGUUGACUCAGCCGAGAUCCUCACACAUUUCCAUAAAUUAAUCUCAGUGGUAGGUUGUACCAAAUAUAUUAAUAUAAAUAAAAAAAAAAGACUAGUUCACUUAACUGCCACCAGGUCCACGAACAUUUAAGGGCAAGGGAAGAGUGGAACAAAAAGAUAAAUCAGGGAUUCCACUGGCCUCAUGAAGCCCACCUCAUUGCAUGUUAAGGUUUAUAUGAAGUGGCUAAGGAGCAUUCCCCAUUCUCAGGAAUUUGGAAUAUGGAGUUAUAAAUCCAACGUGGAUUGACAUGGAUUUCCUAAUAUACAUUUGGGUGUAUGCUUGCUGCCUUGUACAACUCUGAUUGUGUGAGCAUUGUAGGAUGCUUUUAAUAGUACUGUGCCGGAGAGGACUGCCAUAACUGCUUCUUUUUUUUCUCUUCUCUCCGGAGCUGUGGUAGAAGGGCACCUCCAGAAUGUAUUUACCUCCAACCGUUCACAGUUUAUAAAAUCAGAUUACUUGACACGCAUAUUAAACUUUUUCAUCAUUCUGCUUCUUAGCCCCACCUCUUCGGUCUCGAACACCUAAUCCAUUUCAAAACAAUUCUUGCUGGCUACAGUAACUAAUACAUGAAGCCUUGACUCCCUUUCUGUCAUUUACAACCUGCAGUGUUUCUUAGUGAGACAGUUGUAUGUGCCAUCAGGAAGUACAGCAAAUAUUUCUAUGGGUUGUUGUUUAGCUAAUAGCUUUCAUGAGUAGAAAGCUGAUAAUUAAUCUACAACUUGCAGAAACUGCUCUGUCCAUAAAACACUGCUGUUCUGGGAUUCUGCACUCUUGGAACAGGGCUCAAAUUUUAAGUCUAGUGCCAUUUGCUGGUGUAAAAGUUACUUGCCACUGCAAACCUCACAAAUCUAUUUUGUUUUUUAAAAUAUUUGUUGAAUAGUUUUUUUCAAAAAAAGGAAAACUGUGAUAUGGCGGCAAAGGUUUAGAAUGUCAGAAAAAUUACAAAUUACUGAUCUCUGUUACAAUGAUUGUCUGGUGGGCACCCACCUCCACCACCAUUGCUGAAUUUGAAGGUGGAAAACCGGCUAGUGGGCGGGUGGAAUUUUUUUUGUCAGUUUAUUGUGGAUGCAGCAAUUUCAAAUACACACUUUUUAAAAAAUGUAUUUAUUUGACUUCUUUUCAAACACAGUACCUGUACAAUACCUUAAAUCUGUUAAAGGUACACUGAGUUUACAAGUUUGUUCUAUCAUGUUUUGCUCACACUUGAAAAGACAAGCGAUUAUGAACAGUAGUUUAGAUGGCACAUGAUAUAUCAGAAGAUUCUGUAAUUUGCCGACAGGAAAUUUUGUAUGUAGCACAUUGUGCGUCAUGUAUUGCAUUAAAAGUUAAUUAGCCGGCUGGUGUGUGUACACAAUUUUGGUAUUAUUAAAUUGCACCCUAAAUUGGUUGACUUGAAAAUAAUAAAUUCCUGAAUAAAUUUUGAUAUUAUCUUGUUUGUGUACCCAAUUGUCAUUCUAGAUUUUUAGGAAAAGUCUUUGUUCUCAAUUUUUUUUUUAAUCAUUAACGGUAAAGGCUUUUUCCGUGAUCUCCGUUAAGAGAAUGUGUACGGACCAUGGUUCUUGUUUUUUCUAUCUGAGCACUAAGUGGAGAUAUAUGAUAGUUUCACUAAUAGAAAAGUAAGACAAAAAUCGAAAAGUGUGGCAACUAGCGUGCAUCAAUCUAUUCUAAAUCAACAGACAUUCCAAUAGUUUACAUUGUGAUUGCUCCACAAAUCUAGACGUCUGUCCACAUUCUAUUCCAGAUAUUUGAGUAUAUAUACUUUGCAAGUUGACAGCAUUAGUCUUUGUGAAGUCACAUUUUGUUUAUGAUGCCCAUUUUUUUCUUUUCCAGGGUACAGCCAACAGCAGACACAGUGCCGCAUUCAGAAGUGCACGACCGACUUUGUUUCUUUGACGUCACACUUGAAUUCUGGAAGCGAUGGCUUUGAUUCUGAAUUCUGUAAGGCCUUGCGGGCAUAUGCUGGUUGCACACACAGGACUUCCAAAGCUUGUCGUGGAAACCUAGUCUACCAUUCUGCUGUUUUGGGCAUUAGUGAUCUCAUGAGCCAGAGGAACUGUUCCAAGGAUGGUCCCACAUCUUCUACAAACCCUGAAUUUUCAAAUGAUGCUUGUAACUAUCACAGCAGGGUCACAGCAAGAGAGCUACAGGUGGGGGAUCAGACUCAACCAAAUUAUCUUUUUUGUGGCUUGUUUGGAGACCCACACUUGAGAACUUUUAAAGACCAUUUUCAAACAUGCAAAGUGGAAGGUGCUUGGCCUCUAAUAGACAACAACUAUUUGUCAGUGCAAGUGACAAAUGUACCAGUAGUUCCUGGAUCAAGUGCUACUGCUACAAACAAGGUAACCGUAAGUUCCACGUGCCUUAACAUGCAUUCACUUAGUGGGAGGCAGAAUUCAUACUAAGUCAACUGUAAGAGUGAAUUGUGGGUUACAAUUAGCAACUGCAAUUACACUGUGUACUCAGCUUUCUUUUCUACAUGAGACACAUAAAAGUAUAUUUGCUUUACAACAUAAUAAUAUGUUCUAGAAGUAGAUUGUAGAACAUUUCCACGAUUGCAGUUGACAUUUUAUCGCAAGUGCCGUCCUUUUAACUUUCUUGAUUACAACCCUGAUCUGGAGCAGACCAGCAUUUCAAAGUUUAUCAUAUAAAAGUUAAAUUUUCUUAAGUUGUGUUGAGUGUUAUGGUACAUCCUCAGACUGAAACGAAUUACAGCAGCCGAAUGUAAAUGCUUGUAAAACGUGGAAUAAAACUCAAUUACCUUCAGUAAAAAAAAAAAAAUGAGGAAAAACAUGUAAUAUAGAAAACAAACAAGUUGUAGAGUGACUUCCUCUACGGCCUUACCACGUGGUGCUGAUCAUUGUAGAUUGUCUUAAAUAAGUGAGAGUAUGGUGUUAGAAUAAUUUUCUCCCAACUCUGUUAAAUCUAUUUGAUUUAUGUAUGUGCAUUGUCAUUAUUUUCCCUGUGAGCUUGCUAUCUGAAUAUAAAAGUGCUUUACAUGAUAUAUUAUUAAUGGGACACUCCAUGCAACUACUUCACUACCCAGUGAGUGCAUGAUAAAUAAUGUACUUGACCUAAUAUGUGUCUGUUUUUUCCAGAGUGGUAGAUUUAAAAAAAAUAAAGUUUGUAUUCUGUGGUCUCGCAGUCUAGAGGGAAUAGAAAUGGCCAGUCUCUAAUUCGUUACCGGUGUUCUAUUUUUCACUGGUGUUGAAAGUUUCAUAUAAAUCUCUGCAUAACAGACCAUCCUAGAUACAGUAGUUACUUGAUCUGAUCUGGUCUUGUCCAUUAUUCAUUUGUUUUUUUUGUUUCUCUCCAAUGAGAGCCCCAGAUCCAUAUUGUUGCUUUCAUUUUGUUUACUAGCUUAUCUUUUUAAGGCCUCGAUUUAAUGUUUUUAGAUUAGCUUUUUAAAUUAUUCAGAGACUUUAUUGGUGAUUUUAUGUAGGUAAAUCAUUUGAAAAGGUUUUUUUUGUUUUAUUAUUUUCCUCUAUCAAGUUGUGUUCAUUUGAAAAGCAUAUUCAAAAAUAUUAAAUGACCACUAUGCUGCAAGGAAAACAUACUCGUCUAUAGGGUCCUCUGGGGCCCCCCUCCCACCGGGCUCUAGGGUGAGGAAGGGGUUAAUCCCUUACCUUUUUUUCCAGCGCCGGGCUCCCUCGGCGCUGGGGAGUCUCCUUCUCCUUUCCCGUCAUCGGCUGAAUGCACAUCUCAAUGCUUUCCUAUGGACGCUGGCGUCUUCUCGCUGUGAAAAUCACAGUGAGAACUGCGGAAGCACCUCUAGCGGCUGUCAAUGAGACAGCCACUAGAGGCUGGAUUAACCCUAUUGUAAACAUAGAAGUUUCUCUGCAGGGUUAAUCCUAGAUGAACCUGGCACCCAGACCACUUCAUUGAGCUGAAGUGGUCUGGGUGCCUAUAGUGGUCCUUUACAUAGAGCUCCCUCCCACCUUUCUGAUCGAGGUGAAACAGGCUCAGAUCCACUUCUGGUGACCUAAAUUCUAGAUAACUAUUUUUCUUUCUUUCUUUUUAUUUUUUUUUUAUCUUCAUUAACUUUGAAUUUUGUAAUAAUUUUUUUUUUUUUUUGCUGGUUUUGGGUGUUGUGUUGGGUGUUGUUUGUCUUCAAACUUUUAGGACACAGUCCAUAAAGAAUAUUUAUUUAUUACAACGGGGUCCGCUAAUAUUUUUAUAUUAGAUUAACUGAGAAUCGCACGAUUAGCACAGCACUACUAGAGUGGCAAGUUUACAAACCUGCCUAUGUCAAACAAAUGUGAUCUUUACAUCUUUAUUUUAGAACCUGUUCAUUUACUUUUAUUUAUAUAGCGUUUAAAUUGUAACUGGAAAAUCCAGCACGUUUGUGCAUCAUUCCCUGACAUGGUGGGAGGCAGUAGCAAAGAACAGCCUGUUAAUGACUGUUCCCCUGUGAGAGCCUUGUAGGGAGGAGAGGAAAAGAGCAGAACAGCCACUGCAAUGAAUACCGACUUUGUUGGUAUAUGUGUGAAUGCAGGUAUGUUUGUGUAUGUUGGUGACUGCGUUUUGUAAAGGUGUGAGUAAAUGUGUGUAUACAUAGACACAGUGCAGGUAUUUAAGGACCACAACCUACAAAAUAAAUUAUUAAAUAAGGACAAUAAGCUAAAAUGGCAAAUGUCUAGUUAUUUUGGGAAAUAUGUGUUGACCUUUUGAUUUAAAGAAACGACAUUCUAAAUAAAACUAUCCUACUUUAUUAUUAUUAUUUAACAUAAAAGAUUACAUGUAUAAUGGCCGCUUUUGUAUAUUAUAUUGUACUGCAUACAUAGAAGUAAAUGUCAAAACAUCACCUGAUUUAAUCUUGCCCUAUGGGGACGGCCAUGUUUAAAUCCUCUUUUUGGUUGUGAGUAUGUGAGGUGCUAGUAUGAUUCACUGACAUCAUCCCUAAUUGCUAACCAUGCACUCUGGGAUGGUUUCAAAAUGUGCACUUAGCAGAUAAGUUUUGUCCAAAGAGGGCUAAAAAUGUAUGUCCCCCACUGAAAAGGGUAUUCCAGGAGAUGCAUGAAAAUCAGUUAUUACCAAAUAAGAUUCAAGAAGGCAAUUUGUAUGUAAUUUAAAUUUCUUUUUUUUUUAAAUUUUUUUUUUUUUUUUAUAAAUUUGGAAAAUUUUCUUUUAACUUCAAAACCUAAACAAAAUUGCGUAUAAGACUUGAAUCUCUCGAAAUGUCCUGGACACUGCGGGAUAUUACACUUUGAACAGGUCAGGAGGACACUACAGUCUUCCAUAGCACGGUUAUAGUGUUUAAAGAGCCCCUCUUAGGGUUAACAUUGGACUUGGGGAGUGACUAUGGAGGUUGGAGAUUUUUGGUUAAAAAAUCAUUUCUAAAGGUAUACUCAGUUUCCCAAACCUCACACAAAAUCAGUUUUACAGAUCUAUCUCCAAUUAAAACAUGCAAAAGCUGCAGAUCUCUUGCCUGCAUCCUUUCUUCCCCAGCCCAGACUUUCUGUGGCUGUCCCAUGUGGCUCAAUGAGCAGUCUUUACAAGGCAGGUGCUGCCUCUUGAGUUUAGCUUCACCGAGCUAAGCAACCUUGAAGUAACAGGACUGAUUGUCUGACAGCCAGAGGUGUAACAAAGUUUUAUAAAAUGUAUUAUUUCUGCUGAAAUCUGCACUUUUUGUAAAAUUAAAAAGCAGACAUUCUCUUUGCUCUUCAGCAAGCUAAAGGGCUUUAGGAGUCUGCAGUGUCCCUUUUAAGGUUGUUUUUAGUAUCACAGUUAAGGAACACUCUAGAUGCACUUCAUCUCGAUGCUAGUGGUCUGCGCCUAGUGUCCCAGUUCUCUUAACAUUCUAAUAGAAACUGCAAUGUUAUCAUUGUAGGCCCAGGUUAAGUCAACCUCUAGUGGACCAGACAAAGUAUAAGUCUACAAUAGGCCCUUCUGCAGCACUGACCAAGUAACACUCUGUCACAGAGGCAGAGAGGUGAGCACCAAUGUGGGGGGGGGGGAGAGCGUCUGCUGAGAAUGGCCACAGAUCUAGUUCUAUAUUUUCAAGCAUCUGUGAGCUAAAAUCUGUUCACAUGGCUGCCAUCACGGCAGGGCCCACAUUGCUCUGGCAAACCUGGGCCCGGGGAGAUAUGGCAGUGUUGGGGCAUGGGCCCUUCAGUCCCAAUAUACACAUUUUAUAUAGCGAUUAUUGUUUUGUGUGUGUGUGUGUGUGUGUGCACGCGCACCCCUGUGGGUCCUCUAAAGCCUGAGUGCAGAGGGGGCCCAGCCAAUUUCAUCUUCGAUUUCCAGCUGCCCCUUUUUCCAACGCCCCUCAGCCGUCAGAACGGUGCCAGGUUUAUCAUGCCAACGCUCGGAGUGGCACACAUGCCAGGAUCGUGAGCAAUGGAGAGAGGAGCAGCUGAAAAGUGAACAUGGCGUUGGCUGGGCCCUCGCUGCAGUAUUCAGCGCCUGACAGCCUGCACAAUGCCUCUGAAAAUAAAAUUGUAUUUAUCGUAUUUAUUAAAUAAAUUUAUAAAAUAUAAGCUGUUUUGUUGCCCUUGAAUGCAGCCCCUAUUUUACACAACAUAUUUACACAUACAGACACACACAUACAUACAGACAGACAGAAAGACACAUAUAUAUAUACACACACACAUACAUACAGAGACAGACACAUACACACACACACACAUACAAAAGGUUUCCUGUUUCCUACCUUUUGCAGGAGGGUGACUUUCUCUGGGGUCCAGUGGGGGCUAAGCCUGAUGGGAGUUCCCACUCUGACUCCCUCCUUCCUUCAGCGCGGCUCUCUGAUAGCUGGGAGGAGUGUCGGGAAGUCACUUCCUCCCAGCUCUGUCUGAUGUCAUUACAGGGGGUCCGGUCGCGCUGUUAAAGCGCCCAGCACUGACCGGGUCGCCUGGAAAUCCAUCUCCAUCGGGUGGCCCUAAUAGCAUGGGCCACCCAAUAGACCCCUUUGAAUGGCGGCCACGGCGGCUUGCCGCCUGGGCCGCAACACAUGGCGGCUUGUACCCAGUCGCAGGGGUCCGCAGGGCGGCCGGGUCCCCUGGAGUACGCCACUGACUACAUCCGCAACAGUUUCAAACGCUCUGCAUUCACUAUAUGCACACUGCAUCCACUGUACACACUGCAUUUAUUACACACAAACACUACACCCACUGAAUCCAAUAAAAAAACAACCACUAUAAGCACACCGCACUCAUUACACACACCGCAUUCAGUCCACACACUGCAUUCUUGUGGCCGGACUCAGAAUGGGCCCUCUGGGCAGAAUCGGGGCCAGGCCCAGAGGGCCCAGACCUUGAGCUGUGUAAGGGACCCCAAAAUUUCUGAUGGUAGCCCUGACUGUUCUACAUAGCUUGUUUAAAUAAAAAUAAUCCAUGUGUAAUGGCUAUACCCUUCAUCCCUGCAAUCUGUGCUAGAACAGCUCAGCAACAUAUAGCAGAUUUGUGCAGGAAUGAAAGGGUUACUAACACUCCACGCUAGCUAAUAACAUGCAUUUUAUGAAAGUCUCUCUCUGCACGGAAUGAAUACUGCAUUCAUUCUUUAUGGGCAGCCAGCCCUUGCAAGGUGUGUGUUGUAUGUAAACUGUGGGGCAUCUGUCAGCCUUGACUUACUUGUGCAUUGUGUUUAGCAAACCGGAAUGCUGUUACAAUAUGUUCUUUAUUACAGAUUUCAGUUCCCUGGCAUCUGUGCAUUUUAUUGUAUUCUGUGACAAUAAAGCAAAGACAAAUUUAAAGAGAAAUCAUAGAGACCCAAAAUUGUACAACGCACUAUAUAGCCUAAAGCAGGGGUGCCCAAAAGCUAGAACUAAAACUCCCACAGUGCUUUGUCAUUCUAAAGGCAUGCAAAGCAUCGUGGGAGUUGUAGUUUAAAACAUCUGGGGAUCUACCUUUUGGACAUCGCUGGUCUAACGUAGGUAGAAACCAGACCAUCACCAUGAUGUGACCUGGGGGAGAAUUAACUGAAAAAUGUUACGUUUUAAGCCCAGAGCUGUAAAAGGUAGCUGACUUGGAGUUUUCUGCUUUUGUAACUUAAAAUAUGCAGUUCUCUUUUCAGUUCUCUGAAAAUUCAUUUAAGUGGAAAAACCCAAGUUCUGUAGCCCUGGUUCUUCAAAAUUAGCAUGACGACGAGGGGACAUUUUUCUCUAGAAAAAAAGGAGAAAAAAAACAGUCUAAACAGAUUUGAAUAGGGAUACCAGUGAAUGGUAUAAUUUGGGUAUCGUUGUACUGCAUGAAAUUUUGCGCUUGAUUUAAUAUUGUUCUUUAAGCUUUUAACAUGUUUAAUAUUUAUUUGAACAAUUUGAAAAAAAUAUUUUCAAAAUUAAUCCAAAAAUAUUUAAUGAGUGUCAACCAUUUAUAAUGUGAUUUUUGUUUUUUGGUUUUUUUGUGUGUGCCGUAAGCCAAAAAGGAUUCUGAAAGAUUUUUGCACAGAUUAUUACGGAUAUGACAAUGUAUACUGGAAGUGAAAUCAUUAGCUGCUCUUUCAUUGUAAACGUCUUAAAAUAAGUUUUAUGAAUGACAAUAAAAGACAGUGUUUGCACUAGCUUAAAGGGACUUUUUAGAAGAUAAUGGAAAGCGAUCGCUUUAUGUGUUCUCUCAAGUAUGAGGUGCUCCGUGUCCAUUUUUAGUGUGGAUUUGAAAACGUGUUUUAUUGAGAAGACUGACAAGAACCUUUUGAGAAUGGUGAUGUUUAGAGUCUUUAGAGCAGAGGUCUUCAAACCAAAGGUCCAGGUUUUGUCAGUAUCCCCCAUUGGAACAAAACAAGGAAAUACCUAAAUCCUGGACUGGAUUACGAACCACUGCUCCAGAUACUUCCAUAGAGGUUUUUACAGAAUCUUGCUAAAGUAAGGUGCCAGCAGUGAGACAGUUUGUAUUUUACAAAAAAGUCUCAUCAUCCACAUACAUUCUCAAUGAUAGGAGCUGACAUCAUUGAAACGUGUUUUCAGAUCAAUGUUUUGCAGGACGUUUCUUCCGGUCACAAUAAAUCACAAGCACUCCCAUUGCUGGCUGAUGAGUCAUUGAGAAGCUGAUAAAGCUAAUAUAGAAGUCGUUUGGCAUAGAACCUCUCACAGGCUUCACGUUUGUGGUGCAGUGUGCAUUAUUUCUGGAUUGCUGAGUGUUUGAUCACUAAAUUGCAAUUGUAUCAUUCACCAUUCUGACAUUUAAAGUAUGUCAUGGUGUGAUAGGAAAUAGAUGUUCCAGAUGUAUGUCGUUUAUUGAUUUAUUUAUUUUUCCAUCCCUCUUUGAAUCUCUGACUCUCCAGGGAGCAUCCAGGCUUGGAUGAUCUCAUUCCCUGUCUUAAAAUAUUUGUUUCAGGUGUGCGUUGAAAUGUAGCAAGGUCCUUAGAACUGAAGUUUGGUCAUUGCUGGAGCAUGACCAGAGGCCAUAGCCUUCCGAUCCCCAGGCAUCUGUGGGAAUCGAUAACCUUUCCACAUAGACCUCCCAGUAGGUUUAGAUGAUAACCUCCCGAGAGCCCUAAAGUAAAGUCUAAAAACAAUGUUCUUUUCUCAUUUUUGAAAGCAGUGACAUCAUCCCUGUUGUCUGAUUAAACAUGUUCCUUAGUGGCAGACUGACAACAGCAGGUAGUACAGUAGUUAUCAUUCCUUGAUCUAGUUACAUAAAUCUGCACCGUCACAUUAAUGUCUAUGCAUAUUUUGUAAAGACCCCCAAAGGCAACAUUCUUGCUUUUGUAUAACAGGUUACGAGUGAACUUAAAGGUGUGUAUACUGUAUGUAGUUCCCCAAAGCUCUGUCAUAGUUAUACAGUAGUCUAGGUUGAAAAAUGGCUAAAGUCAAUAAAGUUCAUGGAUAACGCAAUCUUCUUUCUUCUGCUCAUGGUGCUCUCUGCCAGGUUCCCAAAUCUCAGCAGUGUAUGCACGAGUACGACACAGGUCUAUGGGUAAUACUACUGGAUCCUCCAUAGACCAACUUUUGUGAAGUGCAAGAAGAACCAUUUUCUCUCCAGCCAUUGAUGGCAACAACUUGACGGAGAAAGCUACGCCUUUUUCUUGACUUGGGCAUUUCUCAUGAGACAAUACUGAUACUUUGUCUUACGAUAACUUUUGAUUGAGUAGGAGUUUCAGUAUGAGUGUUUUAUAAAGAUUUUAAUCUUCCUGAAGUACUCAGAUAGUGACAUGAAGUGACAGUGACUGCUUGAACAAGGCAUUUACCAGUACAACAAAAACUAGGCCUUACCAAAUAGCUUCUUUUAUUGAGCUUAGCACUCGUAGUAAUUUAUUAGUCAAAUACCAAAUUGUUGUUCAGUUGGCAGCCAACCACACGUUAAAAUUCCUCAGUGAUGUGUUAUUUCAAAAUGCCUUUUCGUAAACGUUUACUGUGUGCAGUUUAACUAUUUAUCACACUUUUCUGUAUUGGCUUUUGGUUCUUUAGGUGCAAAUUUGAAUGAGUGUUGGCACUAUAUACAUUCCCCCCCCCCCACCUCCCUCCAUACAUUGUUAAUUUUUAACUUCCUAGUACAUGCCCCAUCAAGUGCACACAAUCAUAUGUUUGAUGUUGCGCAUUAGAUAGAUGACUGCACGUCCAGUUGGUUCUUGAGAUAAAUUUACUGUGAACAAUCAUUGAGGAAGUUUGCCCCAGUAGAUCUGUUUGUGGAAGCUUUUUAUAACCUUGCCUUUGUACUUUUAUUACUGCUGAAUGCAGAGGGCUCUAGCUAGAUUCAAAUUAGAAUAGAGUUUUAUCUGUGUGUCUGCAUGGAACCUAGAGAAGUCCUAUGUGAGCUAAACAACCACUAGGAAAACCUGAGAGGUGGGGAUUCUAGAGCUAUAAAAGGCAGCGUACACAAAGAUUCCAAAUGUCGGUUUCAGUGAUCUUGUCCGCCACAAUGGUCCUGUCCGCCACAAAGCAUUAAAGCGGAUUUUUCAGUUGUCAUGCAUAUUUUGCAAGACCCCCAAAGUUGACUUCUCUGCUUAGGGUACAGUGGCCAUGUCAUGACAGUGGAUGGCCGUUCUACUUGUCUGAAGCAGUCCCUCUCAGCCACUGCCAUCUUCUUCCCGAAGACCUUCUUCAUUGCUUCAUCUACCAGGAGCCACGUCAGAGAUCGUGGGAGCCUCUACAGAUUAUGUCUCGCGAUGAGCGAGACUAUAUCGGAUUCCCGCAGCCGUCACAUGUAAUACCUACUAGGAUCUGAAUAAAAUUCAACUGCGAAGCUUUUGCCCAUAACACAAAGUAAUUCCUGCAUUGUUUGAUGAGAUCUUUGGAUUACACUGGUAUUUAAAUGAAACACUGUCAAUUUGAGUAUCGAAGUUUUAUUUAUUUAUAAAAAAUGCUCAGAAGUGACAGAGAAACUUUAACAUUGUCUCUCUAUUUUUGUAGUAGAAAAAGUACCAGCAAACAUAUAGAUAUAAUUGAUUUUCUUAGCUCCAAUCAAAGCCUGGAUCUUUAAACCUGCAGGUGUUUUAUUUUUGGGUGGAAUUUCCGCAAACAGCAACUUCGUCGUUUUGGGGUGUGUGUAUGUUUGUGUGAGGUGUGGUUGUUUUUUUAUUUUUUUUAUAUAUAUACUUCGCCACAUGACUUAUAUUCAUUCUUACUGAUAUCAUGUUGAAUUGGCAAGGAUGUAUGCUUUGUUUCAUGACACAUGGGUUCUAGAUUCGGAAAGAAUAUUCUAUGCAACAAACAGAGUUUUAUACCUUUGGGCAUGCCAAAACCGUUUGUUUAUUAAGAUAUUUUUAAUGCCGAACAAACAGACUAAAUUUACUGUUUUUGAGAACAAUUAAAAAUUAUUGUUCUGUGUUUUUUUUUAUUUUUUUUAGAUAUACUUGCAUUCUGUAAAGAAGGCUGAUUGCAUUAUGUAAAUGUGGAAUUUAGAAAUGGGAACAGAUGUGGUCCUUAAUGGAUCUUAUUAUGGGAAAUGGUCUUUUUCAGUCCUCUUGGGAUAAACAGAUCUUCGACGUUACAACUGGUUUUCUAACCCCCAUUUUUAAGUGUAAGAAAUUGCAGGAAGAAAAGCAUUCUUUAAAAUUUGUAGAUUGCUUAUCCAGUGCUGUAAUAUUUACCAGAUGGAACAGAUAUAUGUCCGGACUGUUAAGGGGGCUUAGUCAUCCAACUGUUGAAUAUUAGUAUUUAGGUUUAAGCAUGGCCUUAUCUUACAUUUCACAAAUCUUCCAAUUUGUAAUACCUAUGAUAAACAGACCAGUGUAUUUGGGUAUAGGUAAGCCUUGGGGUUGUGGCUUAUAAAACAUAUCAGCCUUCCUUAGAGUUAAUUAAAAAAAAAAAAAGAAUCUUCUAAUUUCUUGUGCCAUGUCCUUGUUCUCCUCAUCUUAUAGUCCUUCUACUUCAUCCAGCAACAGCUGCCAUUGUACCAUCUUUAUGGGUGAUGCUGUCAGUGAUUCCUGCUAAUCAGUUUGUUAGGUUGACCCUGCUGCGUAUGUCAAAGAAAAAUACAACUUCCCCCAGUGGCAUAGCUUGGGGGGCUCGGAGGGGGUGAAAAGUGCAGCCACAAUGCUUACUAAAUUAGGUGCCCGCAGCCAUUUAAUACUGCACCGGACAGUUCAGGUCACUUCCACCCCGCAAAUAGGGUACUGCAUGGGUAAGAGGAGAGGAACUGAAGAAGCUUGGAGUCUAAUUCCCAUCAGCCUCAUUCAUCCAGCUCCCACUGGACCCCAGGGAAGCCACCAUUUUGCAUCUAAAAAGUAAUUAAACAGGAGGGUAGCUACAAUAUGUAAAUGGUUAUUUACUGUGUGUGUGUACCUGGGUCUGUGUGUACAUUAAGUUCUGCAUAACUGGUGUGUGUGUGCGUGCGGUAGGGUGUCUGUGUGAUUUUGAGUGUGUGUGAGUGUGUGUGUGUGUGGGGCAAUGUAUAUAUAUCAGCAUUCCAACGCUAACAUUGCACACUAAUACACCCCUGCAUUUCAACACUAGCACUGCAUAUAAAUGCACAUGCCGUAGUCUGUGUGGAGGGAGCGGGAAUAUGAAUCGUGCCAUAUCCCUGCGCCUGGGGGCACUUCUUGGUGAGACCUGGCUGAGAGAGGUGGCAAAUUCAGGGGCCGCCCCGGGCGGCAAAAUGCCACUGACUGCCCCUAUGACUCUUGAUAUACUGACGUCUAUGCCGGAAUAUGAACAAACUGACUUCAGUGUUACUCUAUUCUUUUGACAGCCAACCCCCAGAUCUUAUUUUCACUUACAAGUGAAGCCCUGGCAUACUAUUAAAUUUGGCUGCAGGAGCCUCCAUACACAGUAUGUUUUCCCUCACAGUUGUCACUAGUGUGGGGGAAUUGACAAAACGUGACAGAGGUAGCUCUGCAUUUUGUCAAGCAGAGGAAAAAUACACACGACAAAGAAUUCCCUUCUUUUUAUUGUGAUAUCUAUUGACUGCAUUAAAAUUUCAGUGAAAUUCCAACACAGUCCUUAUGGGGGGAUGUUGACAGAGCAGCUUUAACAGUCAACGUUUUGCUGUCAAGGUUUGCAUAUGCAAAAAUUAAACACUGUUUUACGCCAGCCCGGGCAAUGCUCUGUAACGUGUGAGUCCUAAUUAAUAUAAAACGGCCAGCAGCCCUCACAACAUGUGAGUUUGAAAGAUACACGUCAAAUCCAAAGAAAGAUUGCAGAGCUCUGAGCCAAGUAUUAACAGAUCAUUUCAGAAACUUUCCAAUCUUAUAAAUAUCAUUUUUUCUUUCACCUUUACCACACAUCUUUAGGCAUGAGUUAUGGAAAAUGGACCUAAAACUGCCCCAGCAGGUUAUAGAGCAGGGAGGAAAUUGGCCAGGACACUUUUUAGCAGCAGUAAGGACAAGCAAUAAAAAGCUCAUGCAAUCCAAAAAAAAAACAUAAAUGUAUUCACACAAUCACAAUCUGGAUGGAUAGUGAUUAAAGAUGUGCAUAAAGUUAUUGUGAAGAGAAAGUUGAUUUGGUAAUGGACAAACCAGAUUACCCUAUUAAUUCCUUUCCUGUCAUUCUAAUCUAUUUGAGUAGGGAUUUAUUUAGUAAAACCAUGAAACUCUAAUCCAUGUCUUUUAACCUGAAUGGACGUUCUAAUUAUUAAUCUGCAUAUGGUCAUCUGGAGAUCUACCAUGCUGCUUCAUUUGGUUCUGUUUUGAUGUCUGGAGUUGCUGAGGUCGUUUUCUUUGACUCUCCAAGAUUCAUGUUUGCGUUUCCAUGAUAGCAGGAAGCAAUUUUAUUAAACUUUUUCUUGUGUGGGCGUGUACACCGUGCACAAAUGAAUUACUACUUCAAUAUGCAGACCUACACAACAAACAUAUUUUCUUAAUUUUACCAGUGGAGUUUUGUUGUUGUUUGUUUUUAUAGUCUGCUAGGGGUGAAUUCGGUAUUGCCAGACUGGUCCAUGGCCAACUAAACCUGGGUGAAUCUAUUGGAUAAAUUCAGUAUUUGCAUAGUAGCCUUAAUUAUUUCUUGUGUCAUUUAUGCAUUUACUACAGGGUGGUUUUAUAGGAACACUCUAGUGCCCCUUUGCCCCGCCACAGCAAUAAAGCGGAUAAAAAAAAAAAUUCCUUUACCUUACUCCAGCUCCGAGGGACUACCUCUGACGUCAUCGCGAGGGGAAGCUUAAUGUGCAUACGCUGCAAAAACUGCACACGCAUUAGGCCUUCCCCUUAGGAAAGUAUUGACGCAAUGCGUUCCUAUUGGGAUUUUGAAAAUGUUGAGCGUCCUCAAGCAAAGCGUGAAAAUGUCCGGCAUUGUUACACUGAGUUAAACUCCACGAAACAGCAGAAAGCUCUGCUGGUGACUGUCUGGCAGACAGCCUCUAGAGGCAAUAUUGACAUUACAAUGAAAAAUUGCAUUUUCUCUAAAACUGCAAUUUUCUCUACAAUAGAAAAAUACACUUAGAGCUCCUUGAAUACUUGGCAGUAUCCAAAUGGUUGCUGUGGAAAUCUAAGCUCAGAAUGUUUGUGGUGAUCGAGAGUAGCCAUCAGGUUAGGUAAGGACACAUUGGGAUACGAAUCCGCAAUGAUUGCAGGUAGCUGCAGCAUUUUACCUGUCAUUCUUGGGCUUAGUAUACUGGUUCAAAAUCCUCGUGAGUAUACGCUGCAGGGAGUACUAUAAUUAUUUCAUUUGUGUAAUGGUUCAUUUAUAUUGCAUGUUACGUUUUUAGGGUUAAGAUAUAUUGACCAGGAUUAUUGCUUAAAUUAUUGCUUAAUUUUGAGAACGUUUACUUUAACAGUUGUACUGCAGGACAGGAAUUGUUUAGACUAGGGCUGACCAAAUAGGAAACUGAUGUACAACUAGAUCCUCCAUGAUGCCCUUGGUUCAUUUUGCCACUCCAGCGUUUUUAUUCUAAUUUAAGUUUUUUAUAUUUAACUCUGUUAAUUUGUAGAUAUUCUGAGUGAGUUAUCAGAAAGAAAACAUUGAGAUUAUGCUAGUUUUCAAGAAUGGCUUUGAAAAUGUGUUUUGAUUGUGCUUAAAAAAUAAAAUGCCUAUAUUCUUACAUGGGGAAAAAUCUUUUACAUAAUCUUUUGUUUGUACAAAUUUAUGAUCCCCCUUCAGUUUUUGUUGUUCUCACAGGUAAUGAGAAACCAGAUUUGAAUUAUUUAAAAAUCAAUGAAUGAAAAAACAUGUUCGGGAAAGAUGCUUUUAAUAAGCACUAAUGCUUCUACCACUGUGUGCCAAAGACGUGAACUGUUUACUUAUUUGUUUUUCCUUGGGAAGAAAAGUAUAUAAUAUAGUGUGAGUGUGUGUGUAUAUAUAUGUUUGUGUAAGUGUGUGUGGGCAUAUAACACACACACACACACACACACACACGCACUAUAAGAUUGAAAACGGCUAUUUAAUAAUGUGUGCCCAAGAUCUAAGUGCAGCAAUUUGUCAGUAAUGAAUGGUAAUGGCAAUUUGCAAACCUGGCAAAUUGAGGAUGUGGCAGGGAAUUGCUUAGAAACCAGUAGUUGGCAGGAAACCUUUUGGAAGGCAUUUGGAAGCAUUGUUAAUAUUGUUUGUGUGUCUCAGGUCAUAGCUACAGAAGUGGCAAUGCGUGUUUGUAAUUACAGUGCUGUAAACAUUAAUUCCCUCCCCCCCAUAUACACUUACCUCUUAGUAUUUAAAACAGGAAUUCACAGUCUGAGAGCCCAUAGCACCUGAAUAAUAUUUUACAUUGGUAUGUACGCCAUACAUUGCUACGGGAUACUGGCCGUAAAAAGUAAACAUGGAUUUUUUAAUGUAACACAGUUUGAAGUUUUGCUACUUUUUAAACAGACAGACCAUAUUCUGUGCACAGAUCUUUGUCACCAUAAUAUUUUCUUCAAAGUGCAAUACAUUUGUUUACAAAUUGUUCCGUGUAAAUAAGAUACUUUGGUAUGGUGUGAAUUAAAUUCUCAUUUACAUAAAUGGUGAAAAGAAUGCUCCAAGCACUAUAACUACUACAGCACGAUAUAGUGUCAGGAGUGUCCUGGUGCCCUCCCACAUUAAGUGGUCAAACGGUUUUUAAAAACAAUUUCACAGCUUACGUGGCUCCCCUGGGUACCCAUGGUUUUUAUCCAGCGUCUGUCUGCACUCAGCCAUGCGUGGCCCAGUACAGCCUAUCAGAGUGACCCUGCUUAUUUCAGUAGAACUAAUUGGAUUCUCUAUAAACGGGGCUUUGUCUGUUGUCACUCCGAUAAGCUGUCAAAACAUUCUAUAACUGUUUUUACUACUUAAUCUGGGAAGGUGCAGGGCAAUCCAGUCACGGUGACCACUACAGGCUGCAGCUGUUAACUGUAGUGGCUAUGGUGCUUGGAGUAUUAAUUUAACUGUGAGUCACUUGACUAUUGUGAAGUCCUCAAUAGCCCCACCCACUUGUCACACCUUUGGCGACUUCCCUUUUUUGUUUGUUUUAUGUGUUUGUUUCUGUUGUGUGUGUGUGUGUGUGUGUGUUUUCUUCCCAUCAUGUAGUUGGGUGGGACUUAAACCCUUGAUUAAAUAAGAGUGGGAGCAAAUGAGCUUCACAAACUUCUGGGAAGCACUUUUAAGUUGUGCCUGAAAAGAAUUAAGAAUAAAUAAAAACAAUCUCUCUGCAUUCCUGGAGAAUUCUAAAUCCAUUUAUGGUCCCUGGACUAGCGUGGGUUAAAGUGUGAAGACGUAAUCCUGCUUUGCAUCUCAAUGUCUUUGUUAGUGAGCAUUUAAUUCCCUGUUUAUAGAUUUCUGUUUAAACUAUUUACACAUCAUAUAGAUUCAGACACAGAAAACACCACAAAUGGGAAGAUUAACAUUUAUGAGUCAGUUCUGUCAAACAGACAAAUUGCUCAGCUUUGGAAGAAACGUUGAAUCCCUAAUUUAGUGUGUUAAUGUUAUGAUUGUGGGUUGCCUAAGGUACCGAUUAAACAGUGAAACCUGUCAUUUGUCUCUCAUUAUAGUUAAGUUCCGCCUCACAGGUGUUGAAUAAACUUGUCUGAAAUGUUGUCUUUCCAGUCUACGAUGGUAUGAAGAAAUCUUUAAAAAGCCUAUAGGCUGAUUUUGCACUUUUUUUUUUUUGCUUAGUAAUCUAUCUUUCAAGACAAGUGGCCAACAAAGUGUCUGGUUUCAAGAACCUUGCUUUAAAUGCAAUGAUGGAGAUUAUUCUCCAAAUCUGUGGUUCUUCUCUUCUCUUCUUUUUUUUAAACAUUAGUUUGAAAACCUAUUCUUCAACUGUGAAAAUAGGCUUGUGGACUUUUUUUUUCUUAAAUUUUAGUUUAAUAAAUGCAAUAAAAUAUAUUUUUAAAAUAUCUUUAUUCGAAUCUUAAAGCGUCCAAUUGUAAAACUAUCUUGAUUGUGUUCUCUCUUGUUUCUGUGGCUUUUUAUUUAACAUUCAGAGUCUUUGGAAAAUUCUCUGUUCUACGCUAAUAAAACCUUAGAUAUAUUCAGAUUGCAUUAUUGACAAUUUCCCUUUCCUUCUCUCUCCUAGAUAACAAUAAUAUUCAAAUCUUACCAAGACUGCACGGAGCAGAAGGUGUAUCAAGCUGUGACAGAUGACUUACCAUCAGCUUUUGUGGAUGGCACUACUAGCGGUGGGGAUAGUGAAAUGAAGACCUUAAGGAUUAUCGAGAAAGUCGGUGGAAAGCACGUCGUAAUGCAUGCCAAAUACAUUGGGACCACAGUGAUCGUACGUCAGCUUGGAAACUACCUAACGCUUGCAAUUCGUAUGCCAGAGGACUUGGCGAUGGACUACGAGGAAAGCCAAGACUUACAGUUGUGUAUGAAUGGUUGUCCAUCUAGUGAACGCAUUGAUGAGGGUGGACACCUUCGGCUCCCAUUAGUGGUGAACAGCCCACCCAGUAAUUCUAAUCAAGCUCGCUCAGUGUACACACUGGAGAGUGCCACUGCAACGUGUCUUGAGAAAAUACAACACAAGCACAUCUACUUUAACUCGUGUGUUUUUGACUUGCUCACUACCGGAGAUGUGAACUUUACAGCUGCUGCUCAGAGCGCGUGGGAAGAUGUUGAAACCCUACACCCCAGAAAGGAACGCUGGCAAAUCUUCCCAAACAGUGGAAAUGGGAGCAAGACAUCCGCUUUGCCAGCUGUUGUCCUUGGGCUUGUCUGCCUGUUCUUUGUUGCAUUUUUGUAGGAGUGUAUUAUAAAGUGUAAAAUAUAUAUUGUUAUAAUAUAUUGAGCAAAGAUAAGAGCAUAUAUGUAUAUACCGUGUAUAUGAAGGGAUGCUUGUCUUGGGAUACCCAUGAGAUUUGUAUAUAUUGUGUUUUAUGGUUUAUUUUUGUUUACUUGCAUUGGAUGUAGUAUUACAUUUAUUUUUUAUUCUUUUUUUUUUUCAUUUUAUUUUUUCUUCCUUAUGUUUUACAUGUUCCUUUUAUUGGAAUCUAUUAGAAAGCACUUUAUUUUUUAUCAAAUAUUUAUGUGUCAAUACCGCGGUACGGAAUUGUGAAAGAAAAAAUUAUAUAUGUUGGCGUGUGUUUAUUUAUGUAUAUAAUAUAUCGUUAUAUACACACACCCCAACAUAUUGCUACACACAAACCUUUCUAAGUGUUUACUUUUUUUUUUUUCUUUCUUUUGGGACUUUUCUUUUUCCACUUGACAUUGUGAAAAUCAUUACAGGUUAUGCAAGAAUCUUUUAUUUUUUUGGUGUUUUAAAAUAUUACUUAUUCUUCAGAACUGUGAAUGGAUAGACAUUUCUGCAGUAGCGCUAUCUAGCAUCAUGUAGAAAAAAAAAAAAAAAAAGUAAUUCUAAAAUCCAGGCAAUUCUCUCUGGUAAUGUCAUUUUAAAUCCACAGAUUUAUUUAUGAAACCAGGAAGUGAGAAAAAAAUAAAAUAAAAAAAAUGUCAACUCCUGGCCAAAUAUCCAAACUGCAAUGGUCUCCAAUGGGUUAUUCACGAAACCAGAAUUAUCCAUAAAUAUACAAUUGCAGAUUUCAUAACUAAACUAGACAAAUCUCACAAUGUGUAAUUUUUAGGCUUGAAAUUUGAAAUUCCCUUUUGAUUUCUACUUGGUGAUUGUUUUAGUGACUAACUCACCAUGUCACUCGCAAGGUUGGCAAAAUUAAAUGGUCUUAUCCACCUGUUUAAUUUGCAACCCAAAAGCUAACUGACAAAUUAUCCCAUAACUAAUUAAAGGAAACCCAUCUGUAAUUUGUGAACCAUGGGCACCGAUUUUGGAAUGAACAAACCUGAUUAGAGUGCAGUCAUUUUACCAAACUAUGAGAUGAUCCUCUUACAAGGGAUAAACGUACUCUGAUACACUUCUCCACUCAAGUUUAAAUUGUUGCAACAUCAAAUUUAGUCCAAAUUGGAAAAACUGACCAAGUCAUUUUUUAUUUCAUUUUUUUUCAUUAUUAUGGCCUUUUUACCUAAACUUUUUAAAUUCACUUCGUAUUUUUGACCAGUCACACUUCAGCGAAUGAUCCUAUGAAAACAAAUGAUGUAAUUACUACAAAUAUGCUUCUCUCUUACAAUAAAAUCUAGCCCCACAAUAGUUCUAAAACCUUGGUUGCUGUAGUGAAUAGAGCAACCAAAGAAUGAUUCAUGGUAUAGAUAAUUAGUAGCAUAAUGAGAUUUAAUUUUUUAAAUAUAAAUCUAGUGCUAACAGAAAAAUUCUAAAAAUGAAGCGUUCGACACGGAAGCUAAUAGAAUGUUAUUGAAAAUUCUGCUGGUGUCUAAAGUGGCUGCUUCACUUUCACAACCCGGCCUGAUUUUUCUUUUAGCACCGUGUUAAGGUGUUUAUCUAAGUAAACCGUAAAAAAAAAAUGUAAAAAUUGUCCAAGAAUGGUUAGAACAAGGGUGUCCAGUCGUGGCUCUCAACUGGUGCUGGGCUGAAUUUUACAAACUUUAGUCCAGAGACAGCUGUAGAACAGUGACACCCCUGGUUUUAGAAGCACAAAUGUGCCUAUGAAAUAUUAACCCUUUGAACGGCACUGGUGUGUGUUAUGCAUUAAGUUGCUAUCCAGUAUGUUCCUAUCUGUAGCUGUCACAGGGUUAAUAUUUGAGUUAUAUGUUGGGGGGUUGAGGGCGGGGGGGGUUAGAUUAGCACUUCUCAGUUUUUCACUCUCUGCCCAGCUCGGGGAAUUGAGAAAACGUUAUUUGCACAUGUUCUCGAAGCCUGCGGUGGCUAAGAGAGCUUUAGAUAAUGCCAAACAUAUGGAUAUUUAGAAACUGGUGAACUAUCUCCAGAGAGUGUUAAAACUUUCAUGGAAUAUGCUCAAAAUGGCUGACUUUUCAUGCUUGGAAAAACCCACAAUGUGUCUUUUUUGCAGAAACUUUUAGAUGUGGUUCAUAGAUAUGCCAAUAAGUAUCUGUUUGUGUAAGAGUGACUGUGCAUUGUGUAAAUAGUUUAACUUAUUAUGCUACAAAAAUAAAUUUGAAUACCCGACGGUAACAAGUCUCGAG